GCUUUCUGGGAGGAGGAGAGGGAGACUGCAGUGUUGUUAGUUUGAACAAAAUGGCUGCGAGACCACUGUCAACGAGAGCUCACUGAACGCCUACCAUGACUGUCUGGAUCCUCUCAGAAUGUAUUUCCCCGGAGUUGUUUCUCACUCUGCAUUUGCGGUAGCCAGCCCGUCGCUAGUCGUCCAGCUGGCGACCUAAACAAAAACAUUUCUUUUUUGCACUUUAAAACAAGUUGGCUGGCUGGUUGGUUGACGGCCGUCGGCUUGCUCCUUGUACGCGAGAAGUCAUCGGCGUUUUUUUUCUUCUUUUAACGAAAACUGCCUGAUUUCUCCGGUUUGCAAAACCUCCCAACGGUCGACGACGUACAACGCCAACCCGCGUGAACUCCACCUUACGUAUUUUUGCUGCUUUUUAAAGUCGUUUUAAUCGUUUUUGUUUUUGUUGUUUCCCCCUCUCUCUCUCUCCGCCCCCCGGUAUAUCGUGUCGUUUUAACAAACUGUUUUUUGGCUUGUGUAUUUCACGGCAUAUUUUUCUAUUUUAUUUUGUUUUUUGCUCAAAGCAUCAAUAACCGUACUUGCUGUGUGUAUAUAUCUGGCUGAGAAGCCGUUGUUUACCUCGGUAUCUUGUCCCCCCCAAGUCGGCUUAUCUGCCAAGUCUGACUUUAACUACGACUGAAUCUUUGCUCUCCAUCUCUUUACGGGUAACUUUAGAAAAGACAUUGGAGAAGAAGCUUUUUUCCUGCGUAUGUUUUUUCUGCCAUGCACCGACUCUUCACUGAAAGCUGCCAAAGCUCUGGUUGACGCAAGGUGAGUUUCAAAGGAGCAAUGUUUUUUUCUGUCAUGUGAGAAAAUAAGAAAUGCCAUUGCUGAUUCGUGUUGUUGAAAGUGGACGGAAGCUUGUAGUAAUGCUUAAUAAUAAAUAGAGGAAACAACUACUCGGGUAGUAGGAUUAUAAUUUAGAAGAUUUUCUCCAUAUUUUGCAUACAGUGUUAAAUCUGUGGUGAGAAUGUCAGAUGAUUAGAACCUCCAUUAAAAUUAUUGGGGGGCAUAUGUUGUUUCCACACAUCAUCCUUCCUGUGUUUAUGCAGAUUUAAGAAUUCACAGUCAAGUAAAAUAUAUGAAUUUGUUUAGUGAGAAAUCACACACCCACCCUGGGUCUUCUGAGGGGGUUCCCCUGCAGAUUUAGAAAUACUGUUUUUUGAGACGUGGCUGACUUAUCAGAGGUAUCCAUCCUUUUUGUAGUUGUCGUACAUUCAUUGAGAGGUUACUAGAUUUGUAAGUGAGUGGGCUUGACGCGAAAAUGUUGGGAACUUUUGUGUUAUAUCAUCGCUCUUUCAUGAUUGGCUGAGUGGACUGGAACACACUCUGUACAUGUGAGCAUGUAAUGUGAUGGUUUCUCUUGCUGACUGACUGCGAGGACUCGGCGUUUUAAUGAUUCUGUGGUUAUUUUAAGGCAAUGUGCAGACAGAAUUUUGUUUGUCAUAUAGGACUAUAGGUUGAUUAUUGUAGAGAGCAAAUUUUGGAGUGCUUGAAGACAUAUUUUAGUAUUCAUUAAAGCUGUAUCCAGCUUUUACGCAGAUUUUGGCCGUUGUUGCCCCUUUUUACGAUCUAGCUUUCUCUGUAGUGAUAUCACAUGAUGUAUCUUGCAUACUUAGGUUUAUUCCACUACACUAAUUCGACGUACAUUAUUAAACAUAGCCGUCCUGUCUCUCUUCCCUCUUUUUCCUCCACCCUCGGUGAAAGAAAUCCAGGGAUUCUGAUUGAACUGUCGCCUUCCAUUGCUUCCCCCCUUCCUGCAUCCUGUCCCCAGGCACUGGAGUAUAGCUUUUAAUAUCUCCUCGGCGUGUCUUAAUUGAAGUACAUAAUUUCCCGUUCAAUUUCAAACCCCCUUUUUCCUUCCCCCCUCUGACAUCUCUGUCACCACUGUCUUAUCUCUAUCGUCACACACCAGUGAGGUGAUGAAAUGAAAAAUGUGCGUGUGCAGCAGUGGCACACGUACAUGUGUACAUUCGCAGUCAGAUGGGGGAACCGUUUGUGUGUGCUGUAUUUUUAAAAACAGGUGCAUGUCUCAGCCAUCCUCUGGGACUUGAGCGUGUUGUUUUUGCAGAUGCCGUGUGUUUGGCUCCGAAUCAGCCGAUACAUGCACACGUGUAAUUCCUGUCGUUUCUGCCAUGGGAGUGUGUGAAGCUCAAAGCCCUGGCAGUUGGUUAAUGCCCUGCAGUUGUUAAUCAGGUCUUGAGCUGCCUCCUGCAUGCAGAAGACACCCAGCUGACUCACAGACACACAGAGAGCCCUGUUCUCACCCAGGGUCAAGGGUCUUCCCUUAUGCACGCCCAUCUUUCCAAAAGGCUGAAGAGCAUGCGGUGUGGGGGUGGCUGUGAAAAGAUGUCGCAGGGGCCCUCUGGUGCAUAAGUUAAACCAGUGAUUAGGGGGGGAAAGACUUAAAAUAGGCCUGGACUGGUAAAGGGUAUGAUGACUUUGAGUAAAAUAAAAACGACUGUUUCAGUGUAUCAUGGUGUUGGUAUCACAGCUCUAAAAUAUGCUAUUUUAACAUGUCGAGGACACAAAAAAUGGAUGACAAACAUAAAAAAUAUAUGAAACAUUUGUCAUUGACAAAUUAUGAAAUUAUGUAUCGAUGGAUCUCAUUUGGAACAUAAACACUACUACUCUCACUAAGAAUAAUCUCAAAUAAUACUUUAUUAAGCUGUUAUAAUAUUACACUGUAAUUCCAGUGUUGAUACAGAGGGAAGUGUCCCAAAAUAGGCUCCUCUGUCUGUGAUAGUCAUCACACAAACAUCUAUUUUCCUGGUUACCUUAGUGACCAUUUCCUCCCCACCUCAUUUAUAAUUGGUUGGCUGGAGUAGCAAUACAAGCAUCUAGCUAAACAGUAGAGGCUAACAGCUGAUACAUUAAAUAAACCGCCUGAGUGCUCUCAAUGAGACGAGGACAGUGGUUUUCUGUCUGUUUACUCACAUGCUGCUCUUUACCUUCUCACCUCUUUGGGACUGGCUUUACAAGGAGCUGAACCGACUAAUGAAGCGUGCAAGCUCCCCAAAGCCAGCAGGCCUCGAGGUUUCUCUACAACACAAACGACGGAUAUGGGCUGAUAUAGAGCUUCUCUGUCUACAGUACUUGAAGACAGCUCUUUCCACAAGGAUGGUAGAAUAUUAUGAGUGGUUUAGGUACUGUAACUUCAUCAAACUGUGGUACACCUUCAAACCACUAACCUGCCCAUGCCAAAGGAGGAUGGUCUGCUAAAUGAGAUGCUGUACAGUUGAGCUCGACCCUUCACAGACAACUACUUUUGCACAUUGGCCUCCACUACAGCCUGAGCAGGUGGCCCAUCUGUGGGGCACUAGGUCAAUUUGUGGUCAUGCAUGGGCAUUUAGUCACCAGCACUGAGGUCAACUUUCAAAUCAUUUUUCCUUAGCUUUGUUAUUUUGGGGCCUAAUGAAAUAAUAAUUUAGCUUUUGGAAAUAAGAAGUCCAUGGUCAACAAAUGAAUGUCAACAUCUACAAAUCUAGAAAAUUACAGACUUACCUAAAAUAUCUAAAUCUUGAACUCAGUCCAAACAAAACAACGACAUAAAAACAGUAUUUUAUCUCUCUCUGGGUUUCAGACUCAAUAAAUGAUAUUGCUCCAUUUUGCAUUUUGGCAGCCCUUUUGCAGGAAGCCCACAACUUAUUUUGGGUUCCGGAUCCUACCAGGCUGUAGGCUGCUGGCAUCUAGACAUUGUUUUGAUUAACCACAAAGACAAAACCCUGGCAGUUGGUCCAUUUUUCAGCCCUUUAUAUCGCUAAAGGGCCAGGCUAAUUUGUUUAGAAGUUAAGAGGGCAGUAUGAGUCUGGUUGGGCUGUUGUGUUUGGUUGUGGACACUGAAUGAACGAAGCCUGUUAGUGUGAAUGAGAGCCAGGUGUUUGGCUUCAGCUGUUGUGUUGUUUGCUGGAUGGACAUUUGCCUCCAAACAAAAUAAAAAUAAAAGCACUUUAUGACUUUAAACUUCAAGUUUUUCUCUGAGGAGUUCAUGCAAUCUGGAUCAAAAUGGUCUCAUUGAGGGUUCACCACAGGUCUGACACUGAUCUGCUUUGGUAAAUGUAUCCUGUGUUAUGAUUAGUCAUAACCCUUUCCAGGAGAAGGUGAAGUUUCAGUCUUGAUACGCAUACCCUGUUUGCUUGUGUCCAUCAGUCUUGCAUUCAGAGGUAAAAAUAGCUCAAAUAUCCUUCAUUUUAUCCUGCGUAGGUAUUUUUAGGAAAUGGGUAAAAAGUCUAAUGGGUGGUGGGAUGGUUGGGGUUUUGUGCAACCCCCCUUUUAUUGUUCAACUUAUGUGCCAGUGGAUGUGGCAGGAGCUUAAGGGGCCCACCAGGGGUAAGCCAGGCCGGAAUGGAAGCAGAGGGGAUAGGGGGAGGCGAAGCUGAAACCGGCGAGCUGCUGCCUGUGAGUCUUGGCAGGGGUCCAGGGGAAUGUUCAAUGUACCGAGGUUUGGUGGGGGCCUCCUUUCCUCCCCCCCUUCUGCUUUCAUGUCAGCUAAUUGGAGAGACGUGGAGAGAAGGAGAGAGGCAUCACAUGGUAGCUGACAGGGAAUAUGCAGGAACCUACAGUGUUCCUUUUCUUUCUCGCUCUGAGACAACAUUAGACAGCAUUACUCAUUAUGUAAAAGAACUAAGGUCCUGCAGCACUUCCAAAGCCCUCACUUCAAGCUAUGUAAACAGCACUAGCAUGUGCCGCCUGCCCUCUUACUGGGGCUAUGGCUUUGGUUAGUAAGCUCUGAUCACUUGGCGGUCUGUACAGUUUUACCUGUUCAGUUUUAACAUGGGUACAGUCAGGGGAGUUCAGGUGCAUGUUCUGUGUAAUUCAAAUUUUAAAAGCACACUUUUAAAAACUUAAUAUUAUUAAACAAAAGUUCUGAAUGUUAUCACCAAAACAUUUCUCUUGAUGCUUGAAUUGUGAAUCAGAAUUACAGAGAGCACUUUUAUGUGCACAGAUUAAGUUUCAUACCAAACGAGGCACGAUGGGUAUCUGAGGAUAGUGAAGAGUUGAUGAAAGAAAGCUGUUAGCUGAACAUGUCUUAUUGCAACUUCUGAUCUAACGGUGUUACACUUAAAGUCUGUAUUCAUCUGCAUUGUCUUCAGUGAUAAGCUGUAGAAGUGUUUUGAGCUAUAUGUGAAGAUCUAGAGUGUGCCGGUUCUCAGUAGUUAAAUGACACAAAGCCUGUUAAUUUCUAGAAAAGAAAGGCAUUUAUCCACGCAACCUUUAAGCCUUUGCCUCCCUGUGGUGGAUGUACACUUGGUAUUUCUUUAUCUCCACGUCUUUGCAGAUGGGCUGUCACUGAGAUAUCUUCGUCCCUCUCCUCCUCUCUCCCUCUCUCUCUCUGCCUGUCUGUCUUUCUGUCUCUCUCUUAUUACAUCCUUACAAAAUUUGGUCUCCUAACUGAGAACAGCAGCUAUUUGUCUAUUCUUCAGGGUCUGUUAUUGCUUGCAUAGAUGACAGAAAAAGGAGCAGUUGUCUGACAUCUUCAGCUUGCAUGUGUGUGAACACAUAUGUAUUGGGAGGACACUGUGUCAAAGUAACCUUGAGACUUGAGAUGAGUAUAGCCCAGCCGAUUAGCCAAUUUGUCCUAACAUGCAUCCAAGCAUGUGUGUAAGUGUGUCCUUGUAUUUAGUCUGGCUGCUCAGGUUUUGACAGUUUGAUGGUGGCAGUAAAGACACACUGUGUGCAGUAAUAAAAGUCAAUGAAACCAAAGCAUGCUGACUGGUAUUACACAGAGAAUUGCAUUGUAGUUUGUUGAAUGCUAUGGGUAACUUUCAACUUUAUUGAUUAUAAGUAAACCUAAACUAGGGCUGGGCGAUAAACCGAAAAUUUACCAAUAUUGAAAUUUAGGACAAUAACCAACUUCAUUUUGCCCAUAUUGGUAUAUUUGGUGUCAAAAUAAUAACUAAAUAACAGUUGGUUUUGGAUGUGUGUAGGUAGGCUAUAGUCUCAUGUCCCUUUUAAGACGCUGUCCUACAACACAGACGUGACUCCACCCCAUCCAGUCUGUAUCAAAGAGGGAAAGACAGGUGAGGAAAUGGAGGACUAUUCAAAAGUUGUAGCGGCUGGAGUGGCGGAUGAAGUAAACAAAGUUAAUUUUGGAGGGGUUGUGCAGCUUGUGGAGUAGUUGUCCAUUUAUCGUUAUUGAGGUAAACUGCUCCAUAUAUCGUGAUACUGAUUUGAGGCCAUAUCGCCCAGCCCUAACCUAUACAGUAACUUAGCUUUACACACAAGUGUAUACUGAUGCCCAUCUCUACUGGAGAUGCUCUGCUAGUAAAAAUUUCUGCUGCUCAAGUAUAAUCACGAGAGGUCAGCCAUUAUCAUAAUGAUAAUCUUGGUUUAAAACCAUCCAGACCUUUAGACAGAGGCUUCAUCUUCCAGCCUCUAAGCCACUAGCAAAGAAAGCAAAUGAAAACUAAUGUGCAAAAUAUGCAGGUAGUGCACAACCACAAAUUGCCGUUAAUACAAAGCAGUCCCAAGCAAAGAAUAGCACAUACACCAGCACACUCAGCUUGACAGCUUCUUCACGAAUUCAAUAAGCUUUAGCUGUGAGGCUGGCAGGGAGCAGGCCUACUUGGUCUUGUGCAUUGUGCUGUUUUCCUUUUUAAUGAGCUGCCAUCGUGUUAAAGUUUCAUAUCGACUUGGCAGAAGAAGCCGCCAAGACUCUGUGAGCUAAUUUUCUGGAGGUAAACCUCAAAGCUGUUAUUUAUAGCACAGGUUUGAGUCGCUCACCAUCUGAUUCGGCGAGUUUCUUCCUCCAGCUCACAUCCCCCUUCAAAGUCACUCUCCGCCCACCCAUUCACCCCCUCAGUCAGUCCCUCGUCUGCAAAUUCCAACAACCGAGACCACUCUACCCAGUUCAUUGAGCAAGUCUCGCCUAGUAGCAGUAAAUGUGUUUUUACAAGGUCCUCUCUCCACCUGCUGAAAGCAAAGCAGGUACACACAGACUGCUUACAAACACAGCAGCAGCAGCAGUGAGUCUGACUGAUGGGUGAAAACUCUAACCAACAGCAACAUUGUUAUUACUGCUUAUCAACUGUAGCAUUUACAGGCUUGUUUUCCCAGAGCCAUACUGGUCAAGUGAACACAAAUACACACCUACUCAGGUUUGUGGAGAGUGGUUGAGGGUCUGUGUUAGCAGCAGGUUUUGGAGGGACGACUGUUAUAAUUUUUCCAUGUAACAUGGCUCAGGAGAGCCCUGUGGCUUCUCUGCUGCCACAGGAAUGGAUGGUUGGCUGGAUGGUGAGGUUGGUGGAGAGCUGAUUUACCAUGUUCUGUUACCACAACAUGACCAUAUUACUUUUUUGUUUUAAUCCCAAAAAGGAAAGUUUUUUUCUCCCCUUUCCCUUUCUUCUCCCUCCCCUCUACCUCUUCUGUUUUUUUUCAGCUCUUUCUCUUUUCAUGUUUUCCUCAAGCUCCCCUCCUUUGUCUUUUUCAGUCCUCUCAUAAGCGCACCGUACUUAACUGCUCCUCUGCCAAGUCUUACUCUGUUUCACCUUUGCAUGUUUUCUCCUCACCCUUCCUUUUCCUCCCUCAAUCUCUUGAGCCUAUUGAUCAUGGAUGUUUUAGUUCCUCUCUCCUCCCCUUCUUGUCUCCCCGUCUUUUCUCGUCUGCCAGCCUUAAUAGAGCGCUGUUCCUUUUUUUUUUUCAACUCCUCUAUUUCUCUGGUGAGAAUUCUCUCUGUCUUUUCUCUCUUCCACUGUAGUCUCUCUCCUUUUAUUCUGUGCCCUUGUCUGCUUCUCCGGCGGCUGUCGUUCUUAAUUGGUGUUGCUCUGCGUCUUCUUUCAUCCUCCGCCUGUUUUUCCCUUCCUCUCAUCCCCCCUCCAAAACCUCCUCGCUUCAUCUCGUCCUCCCACCUCUUUCUCCUCUGCAUCCCUAGCAGAAAAAGACAGGCAUCAGACAGGCUGCCUCCUCCCUGUGUACAUCAAGCUUCCCCGUGUGUGUUUUGUGUACUAUGGUUUGUGUGUUGUGACUUUCUUCAGCUCCGUCAUUCCUGUACAGUGUGUUCCUGCCGCUGUGCUUCCCUCUCUGUAGCACCACAUUACAUGGAUGUAGCUCUGUUUAGUACAGCACCGGAAAAGACAAUACUCCCUCACUAUACGAUUCAUUUUCCCAGCUGCCCCAAUUUAUUGAGGUGCGGGAUUCAACUCCGUGUACUUCUGGAAAGCUACUGUAGUUCACGUCCCUGGAAAGGUGAGGGCUGGGGAACACAGUCAGCUUCUCUUAUGUUGUGUUGAUUAGAUAAAUGGUGGCCAGUUUUUUUAGCCAUUUGCAUUCAAAGAAUAGAAAUGUUAUUUUCUUCAUGUCAAUGAAGCCCACACAUAUAAAAUCCUUAAAUCUUUUUGUUGCAUGAAGCCAUGGAGGAAUUAUUACUAUAAGAAAUACUGUCAGCACAUUUAAGCCACUGUAGAACAGGAUGAAAACAUCUGGCAGGUCUGCACACAUUUGUAAUCUGGACAGUACACAGCUCACUCAGAAACAUAAUGAUAAACAGCUUGCAAAACAUUAUGCAUAUCAAUUAGUUUUGAAUUAGCUGAGAGCUAUUUAAUUUGGCUGGUUUGGAGAGCUCAUAUGAAUGACUAUUAAACUUGUGCACCUUACUAGGUAAUGAAGAAAAAGGGAAGUCAAUUACUGGUUCAGUCACUUCUAGGUAGGGCUGGGCGAUAAACCGGAAAUUUACAGAUACCAAAAUUUAAGACAAUAACAGACAUCAUUUUGCCCAUGUCAGUAUAUAUUCGGUGGGGUGAGCAGCUUGUGGAGUAGUUAUCAUCCAUUUAUCGUUAUCAAGGUGAACUGCUCAAUAUAUUGUGAUAUUGACUAGAGGCAAUAUCUCCCAGCCCUAUUUUCAGAUUAGAAAAUCUAACCCCCUCCAAUGUAAGAGAAGCCUGAAUAUGUCAGUUUACUGUCAUACUGCAGAAAAGGGUGAACUCAAAAGGUGAAAGUCAGCACCGUGACAUCCCAGGGUUAUUUUUGAGGAUGUGCAGGACGGUGUCAGCAGUGUUGAGUGCAUGGGAAAAAGAUGGAGGGAGGCAGGUAAAGAUGCAUGUCAGGGCAGUGGAGGUCAGGAGGGAAGCUACUGUCAACUGCAAACACAACUGUGUCUGCUCUGAAAAAUUGCUCCUCCACCAGGUUUCAUCCAACUUCAGAGUAAAUAAAAAAUUGACCAUAUCACUGAAGGGUUUCAUACUAACAAAUAUUCACAAAGAUGCACUUCAGGACAAAUAGAUCAAUAUGCAGGUUUGGUGUUGUGUACAGUAUUUGAAUCAUUAGUGUUUUACUUGCCACUGUCAUCAGAGAAGAAUCUUGUCAGAGUACAUCUACUACCAACUGAGUGCAGUGGAUCUGACUGCCAGGGUGGCACAAUCAGCUGUUCUAGAGAGGCUGUCAGUGACAACUCUUUGAAAGAGAGGUACUCUUUGAAAGAAAAAAAACAGUCAUUCUGUCAGAUUUUGGGAUAUGACAAACCCAAAAGUAAAACUCUAAUUGUCUUUAACCAAACUAAAACUUUCACCUACUGUGCAUUUACGGCACAGUCAUACUGUGGGAUGUCAGGCCAAUCAGAUAGUAUUGUUGGUUGGAUAUGGUGAGUGAAAACAAACCCAGAGGAGAGGGCACACCAACAGUGGAGUUAAAAUACACUGAUAAUCACCGGAUGCCAAUUAUUGACUUAUUGGUCUCGGCUGAUAGCUGAUCUAUCCCUGAAAUUGUAGCUUUCAGGUCUGGUUGCAAAAGCCAUUUUUCCUUCAUAAGGACUUAUUGUGGUGAGUAGAUCAGUGCAGGGGAUUGUUGUGGUUAGUAGCCUUGUGAUACUAUCAUGCUUGAUGGCUUAGCAGAGCUCAAAUACUACACGAGAUUGACCCAAAUAAACUAUUGCAUGUAAUUCACAUACUGAUUGUGGUAUCUGUGUACACACUCCAUUUCCUAAUAUCAGCACCUGUUUAUUAUCCUAGAGCUACCUUCUCCAAGCUGCAGGGACUCUACAGUGACACAUGCACACUCCUCUGCGUUAAUAAUAGAAUUGUUUGAGUAAAUGUAUGUGUGAAUUUAGAGGUGAAAGAGUAUGUCAGCUGAACCUUUGUCUACUUCCUUCCUUGCUGCCAAAGAGAUCUUAACAAACCAUCAGGCAUUUCCCUGUGAGGCCUCUCCUGUCUUGGUGAUUGACAGCUCCCUCCCCCUGCCAGUGGGAAGCUUAGUGGGAGGCAGUUCCUUCAUUAAUCUUCAGUUAUGAGCGUUAUGAUUCAUUCAUACAUUCAGAUUUUGAUUCAUAUCAGCCUCUGUGUAGGCACAUUUUGUGUUUUAUCGUCAGUGUUCUUGUCAGGGACAGUACACAUCAAUCUACAUUAGCGCCUCAAUUGGUGAUCUUUAUUGUACAGUUAUCUGUCAAUAAAUCGCAUAAAAAAAAGGUUCGCAUAGGAUGUCAGAAAAAAAAGAAAAAUGUCUAUUCAUUCUCUUAGAGCCCAAAGUAUAGCAUUACAGUAGCUUGUAUCACCUGAUGGAUAAUGUAAUGUUGCUCAAUACAGAAUGGCAGUAAUAAAUUAAACACUAGGCAGUUACCGUGAGAACAUUUUUUUGCCAAUUUAGCUAGGGGUAUCCCAAUAUGAUAUUGAUAUUGUAUAUUGGUCCGAUAUCAGCAAAAAAUCGAAUAUCAGAUUAUAUCGGCCUCCAUCAAAAAUCUCCGAUAUCAGCACUCCGAUACAGGCAGUCCAUUCCAGACUCUGCUCCAGCACUUCUAUCUAGCAGCACCUGGAUCCAGCAUGUAGAGCCCAUGUAAUCACAGCAGUGUGUACUUAAGUACUAACAAAGCAGCAAGGAGUAAGAGUGAUGUCGGCCGUGUGGCAGCAUUUUUCGUCACAGUCCGAAAAAGAUGUUGCAGCUGAGUGCAAAACUUGAGCUAAGAUUGGAUCAAUAUCGGUAUCGGCCAAUAUCGAAGGCUACAAUAUCGGUAUCGUAUCAGAGAUCAAAAAGUUGUUUCGGGACACCCCUAAAUUUAGCCAAUAUGGAACAUCAGUAUAAUAUGCUGGACAGCAGCUUCACUGAUGAGGCUGCCUGCAGUGUUUUAGUCAUCCUUGUGAGCUCAGGCAUGAAUUAUUUUAAAAUGCCAUUAAUCAGCCUGUUUAAUCAGUUUAUUUCUAAUUCUAAUAGUGGUUGAGCUGUUAAUACAGCCCAGUCUUAUUAAGCACGAAAUAACCGUUGAAAGGAAUAUCGUGGGAAUUUGUUUACACAUGCGAAAAACUAGAAAACUGCAUGAAAUUAAAACGAUCUCUGAGGAAAACUUUCAUAUUUGUUCUGGAACCUUCCCACUAUUUGACUUGAGAACUGUUACAGUCUGUGAAAGCAAGUCAUGCAUAUCUGUUUAACCAGUGGAGUGCACAGUGCUGUAUUGUUCAAGGCAGGAGUGUGUGUGUGUGUAAUAUGUGUGUGUAUGUGUGUUUCCGCUCCUGUAUAUACAUUCCCUCCUUGGAUAACAGCCAGCAAACGGGAAGAGGCCAUUACUUCACACUGACAUGGAGAUGAUUGAUCGUAUUUGUCCAUUUUAGAGGGUUGUAUCAUUGAUUUGAUAUGACAUUGAGCUGCAUUAUAGAUUGAUAUCCAUUGCACUUAGUGAAGACUAAACACACAUUUUGCCCCUAUGGCCUAGCCAUGCCUCUAAUAGUUUCCAGAAGCUAUCACUAAAGCUAAGCCAAAGGAAAUACAGGGUGAAAUGAAGCCCUUACUUUCUCUGGCCCUGGGGCAAUGGACUCCCGCGUAUUGGAGAGAGACGAUUGUAAAUCAGCAUUUUCUCUUGUUCUCGGUUAGUCUGUAUGUUGUUUUCCUUUCAGUUUUUUGAAACCCUAACCUCUUUCACACUUGCCUUCACUCUUGUUUUUUACAUUUCCUCUCCUUAUCUUGACCUUCUCUAUAUUUUUUUUGUGUCCAUUUUUACUUUUCCUUUCGGCCACCGUAUCACAUCCUCUUUUUUUUUGCUUUUUUUUCCACUGGUUCAUUCUUUGAAUGGAGUGAUGAAUCAAUAGAAAAGUAUUUCUUGACACUUAGUAAACAUUGCUUUAGACAGACAUGGAUCACAAGAAGGUUAAAAGGUCAAACUUACAGUAUUGUUUGUGUGUUUCUGAAAGUAACUGCAUCUUUAAAUAGCGCACUCAGGUCACAAUCCUGUUCAUGAGCAGAAAGUUUGAAGCACCUUAUUUCUCUGUGUAAAGAAUACUGAGCACUUCAACUUGUUUCACUCAUAACUCUUUCUUUCUCUGUUUGACAGCUGAAAGAAGCUAGCAACAGAAGAAAGAGAACCGUUUGAUGGAAGAAAAGAAAAAGAAAAAACAAGAAGAAAAGAUCAAGACGGAAGUCGCUCAGAAAAAGGUGAAAAUUAAACUUGUGCACAUGUUCACAAAAGCCGUGCCUCACCGUUUUGCCUUAGUAGCAGGCAUUUGAUCUACACAGCUGGAGUUUUUAAAACUCUUGCAUUUCUUUUUGCAAAACUCCAGAAAUCAACCCCUUCUGCUGAUUUGUAGGCAGCUAAUUACUAUGAAACCAGAUGCAAAUGACUUAUUUUGCUUCAUUUAAACUUGUUAAACUAACUGUUACACUUCAUCUCUCUCUCUUUUGUCCUGCAGGCUGCUGAUCAGAAACCCAAAGGUGAGUGUCAAGUUAAAAGAAAUCACCCACACAUCCACCUAUUGUUCUUAAAUGAGAUUUAAUUCCACCUACUGCAAUACAUUAAUAAGCUCUGAUUAACACAGCCUGACCCAUUAAAACACACACACAUCACAAAUGCAUUACACACACACGCAUAGAAUCAAGCAUUUAUUCGCACAGAUGGACACGUACAGUUUGCACAUGCAUGCACAAUUGUGCCAUUUGAAUUUGUGCUUUACAGACACACACACACACACUCACACAGCAGAGUAAAUACAGUGGAGUCUAAUACAGCGUGAUGCAGAGUGACGCCAAGUACGCCUGCAGCAGCAGCAGGCAGUGAAGCGUGAGGGCACCCAGACAGCACAGAGAGUGUGCAGUGGGUAGGGGGAUGGGAGCAUGGCAGCGAGAGGAGGAGGAGGAGUGGAAUAAAAGAAAGGCAUGAAGCUCAGUUGUAAUGCAGGGGGUGUGAGACUGGAUUGUCCUCGUGUGCCCUUGGUGUUCCUUGUAGUUGAUCAAAAAGACUCUCUCAGUGUAUAGCUGUUAAAUUACUUAAAGCUUAAUUACAAGAGUUCACACAGAAUCCCUAGUGUUGCUUUUGUUGCUCCAAUGACUACUGGUGAUAAAAACUCUUUAGUGUGUGUCCUAAUGAUGCAGUCGAGUUGGUGCGUAUUGCAUUCACCUUUUUUUUUUUCUUUUCCAUUUCACUCAGUACGGCUCUGGAGAUGCUCCAGUAUUCACACUCUGAGAGGACAAAAUCAGUAUAUUUGAAAAGUGGGGUUCGUUGCUCCCGUAUCGUACGCUGUUUUUAUGGCUUUGUCUAAAUCCUUAGCGCUUGUGUCCACACGCCCUCCCCCAGUUUGAGCAGCAGCUUGGCCAUCUGGGUGUAACUGUUAGGUUUUAACAAAGGUCACCACAGCUUGCCUUGAACUCUAACCUGUCUAUUUAAUUACCCUCCCAGUGUUCCACAGCACUCACUGUGAGCUUGGCCUAUUAACCGAGUCUCAAAGCCUCUGCACAAGCCAACUGCUUCUGAUUUAAAUGAGCAGACUUUGAUUAUGAGCUUGAAAUGGAAACGUUUUCUCACUAAGAAGUGGUAUGUUUCUUAACGGUACAUUGUGUAUUUUUAGUGGGAUGCCAUCUCGCACCACUAUGUUUCUACCAUAGCACAGAACAGACAAACUGUGUCAGUGUUUGGCAGUGUGUGUGAGUUUCUCAUGCUUGUUUUUGGCAGCUUAACACUUCUCUUUAAGUCAUUGUAACUACUGAAAAGCUGCAGUUAUCAAAUAUUUAAGUAAUCGAGUAUUCUACCAAAUAUUCCUUCGAUUAAUCAAGUAAUCGGAUAAUACUUUCCUUUUUUUUUUUUAAAGUGCAACUAUUAAUAUACAAGAGAAAAUAAGAUAUUUAACUUUAUAAUGAACUAUCGAUUGUUUUCCUUUUUAGAAAUGAGGAACGCAGAAAAAGCAUGUGCACUAGCGGAUUGCAAUGCUCGUAAGAAAGCUAAUUACGAUAUUAGCUUUCAUCAUGUCCCCUAAAGACAUUCGUGUCUGAAAGCUGAAUAGCUCCUAUGUUACCUGCUUCUGCUACUACAACGGCAAUGUUAGGCUGCAAGCUAGCAUGGCGAGGAGUGUGCAGAACAGCGCUGUCUCCGCCCACGACUCAGAGGCGAAUUGCUAAUGAGCUACUGGAGCUCUGAAGAAGAAAAGCCCCUCUCAUCAUUCAGUUUUUCAGCUCUGCAAAACCAAAACCACGCUUACUUCUCCUUCUACCAUGGUGACGUAAGCGCAUUGGGUCACCUUGAAAAUAAUCCGUGUGAAACAGUGACGGUUUGAGCUUAUAAACGAGUACUCGAGGCAGAGAAAAUUCCUCGAUCAUUUUUUGUAAUCGAGGUACUCGAGGAAUCGUUUCAACCCUAAACUACUAUGCUCAUACUUAAAAGCUAUUACUACAGUGCUUUUCAGGGUUUGAGAGUAUUAAUCAUGGCUGAAAUUGGAAAAAAAUUUAAUUUGAAAUGACAAAGUUCAGAUUAAACAAAUCAAAAAAGAAUCUGCUUGGAAGUCAGGUGACCUGGCUGUGGAAACCUCACAUGUUUUUGCAUUGAUAUGAAAUGUAGGCAGAACAUAAUAUCAUAAGUGUCUCUGGCAGGAGCGAUCAAGUAAAAACUGGGAGUCAGAAUGAAAAUGGAAACUCUUAAUGCGAAAGAGUUUUAUGGACGGGAGCCCGACCUAAAAAAAGAGGAAGGGGUGAAGGGCAGAAGGAGAAAGUUGUUGGGCCAGAUCACAGCGGGAAAAAAGAAAGGAAUGGGAGAAAGGAAGUAAUGAAGCAGUGGGUUCUUAAUACAAGUGCCAAAAAUGAUAGUCGGAAGUCAAUGACAGUGCUAAUAUAGAAGAGAACUAAUGACAUGGACAUUUAUUUUAUGGUAUGUUUAAUGAGAGAUAGAGACAGAAAGGCACAUAGAAUGAGAUUUUGAUUGUGUAAGUGGCGGGUUUUCAUGCAGAAAGAAAGUAUGAAAAAAGCAGUCUGUUUGAAGACUAAUCGUUCAGUGAGCCAUCUGUACCUCUGCGAGUUUGCUCAUAACCUCUCAUCUGCGAUAUCGUUUUAAAGAAAGGUGGCACCAACUGGAAUGGGCUGGGUUUUAAUGCGUGACACCAAAUAAUGGAGGUCUUUGUAUAUUAGCGAGGGAAGAAAAUCAGUAUGCAGGAGUGAUUUGUGUCUUUCCAUCCAUAUCAGUGAAUUCUGCCUCCCUUAUACACUAUCAGAAAUUCAUAGACACAUACACAUGCACACCACCUCCCCCCAGCCUCAUCGUAUUUUCUCCUUUUGCCUCUCCGCAGGCCUCCUUGGUCCCAGGCAUUUCAAUUUGUUUGCGGUAAUCGAUCUCGGCCUGGUGCGUUCAUAUGUAUGAAAAUGAGAUAAAGCUUUGGUGCAGUAGAAUUAACUUCUCUGCCCCCCAUUAGGCAUGGAGCUUCACUGAACGCAGGGUUCCAGGAGGCAGUGUCCCUCUGCCCCAGCACCCCCCACACAAACACACAGCCUGGACCUCUGCUGCAGGGCCCUUCCUCCCUCCCUCCUUCCCUCCCUCCCUCCCUCCCUCCCUCCUGGUCCCUCGAACCUCAGAGGGAUGCUGAUUAUUCACCCAGGCACACAUGCAGCUUCAUCACAGUCUCUACCACCACUGCAAUCACAAUCAGUCAGCAGGACAAGUUCACAUACCUAGCUGGCUUGACAAUUGCAUGCACAUGCCAAGACACUGACACACACACACGCUGACAGGUUGUGAGAAAACGCGGCCCAAGCAAGAAGUUACACAAAGGCAAUUCAUGAAAAAGAUGGCUGUACACAGACACAGAAAGCGACAAGUAAUACCACAUUGCACCCGUCGUAUUCUGACACCCACCUAAUCAAAAAAUCUGCAAUCUCCAUUUUUGCUGCUUUCGCACUUUUCACUGCUGAAAGGUUGGCGAAUGAAUGUACGCCUGUCACUGCCCCGUCCCUCACUUUCCUCCUUACCCACGCUUUUUCUUCCGCCUCUUUGAUUUCAGCCUCAAUACGCUCAGCCCGGCCGACCACAGCUGAGGAGAAAACAUAUUUACAGGGAGUCGCCACGCUGAUAACAGCAUUAAAUUUUUUUCAAAGUGGCAAGCUAGGAACAUAAACACAAGUGUAUCGUAUAAUUCAGUAUUGGAUUAAUUUGCAAUUUCACAUGCUAUUAAUUGCACCAACACUUUUGAAAGAGACUUUCGUGAAUUAGAAUGUAAUUAGUGGCUAAUUUACUCGAGAAUUUGGGCUGCUUUUCUCUUCUGUGAACCACAUUUAUAAACACUCAAUGAAUUAAUAGUGAAUAGCUCAUGAAUUACAUUCUGUGGAUUUAUGACUGCCAAGCAUAAUUGUUUUCCCUCCACCCCUCCUAUGCUCACCCUGCAUGCAUAUCAAGUGUACGAGCGGAGUGAGGGAUGCAGGGAGAGACAGGGGGCAGAGAGAAAGGAAACAAGGGGCGCACAAACUCAAACAAUGCUUUCCUCUCUGUGUAUUCUUGUUGCAUGAUCACUCACAAGCUGCUGACAAAAGAGCCUGUUUGGUGCCUCUCGCCCCUCCCCCAUCAUCUCUUCCCCCUCUACCAGUGAGCUGCUUCAUGUCACAUAUCAGGCAGAUUAAUAGGAUGUAGCUAAACUGAUAUGAAUGACAGCUUUAGCCUGUGCUUUGAGGACACAGUGUCCACAGAUAUACGUGUGCCUGUGCAGUUCAAAGGCAGUCUUUAUGCCCGCAUAAGGGGGCUCCUCUUGGUCUCCCCUCUGGCGAUUAUCAAACAGUAGGUAAACCAUAAAGAAGAUCUUGAAUUAUAUUUGAUGAUUUCAUUAUUUAUUUAUUUUUUUUAAAGUAUAAGGAUAUACAAAACCUUUGAAUAUCGGUAACCCUGUAAGAAAUCCAUAUUGACUCAUGGGACUCUAUAGGAAUCUGCCAUCACUAUGUCUUUAUAUUGAUAUUUUACAUCCUGAAACGGCAUAAUAGUGGAGUAGUUUUGUGUGAUUACAAAUUGUAUUACAGUGCAUGUUAGCGCCGCAAACAUACACUCACAUGCACAAACACACCUCUCUGAUUGGCCCAGUUGGCUCUGGUGCUACACAUCACCACCCUCAGAGGCUUUAUUAUUUUGCCCUGCCAUUACACCGCUGUGUGUUAAAUAUUGCAGGAAAAGGCCUAACGGGUGAAAAUAUCCCACCUUGAAAUGGCAGGAUGCAAGCACCCAUUGUCAAAGUCUGUUAAUGUGUCUUAAGCACCGGUGAGCCUGUGGUUUUGAAUCAGGCGUAACCACUUCUCUUACUUUGAUGUAAUUCCAAAAAGGUAACGGUACCUUCAUUCGUUCUGUACAGCUAUCAAACUCUGAAGGUAUUUGUCCUAAGGCAGUUGCUGCCCUCAGGCAUUGACCUCAGUUGCAGUCGUGGUGAUCCUGCGAAUUAUCUGCUACAAGCGCUGAAACACCAAAAGGGCUUUCCUGGAGCAGUUCUGCCAUAAUCCUGACUGCCAGGAGAGACACAGCUGGGACUUCAGGGAGAGGAGCCCUGGCAUUGAGAGCGGGUAGGGGCACUAAUUAAAGCGAAGGAAGGCGUGGUAUGAGAAGAGGUCACAGGAGGCACAGGGGUCAUACGAGGCAAAAGGAGGGGCAUUAGGCAAUUGUCGGUUACUAUAGCAACAGUUCAUAUAUGAAGGGUGAGGGGUGAGAAGAUUUUCUUUAUUUUCGGAGUGGGAAAGAGAUUUUCUGUGUUUCUCCACCUAUACUGGCAGAUGGGACCUUUCUGAGACACUCCCACUUGACCUUCCCUUGUGUGCACGAACGCACGCACAUACAUCUGCUUUCUGUGUACAACCACCUCUCAUCUCUCUAUGCUUAUGCAGAUCUAUAUGCAAAAUAGCUUUAAGCCAUUAUAGUCCAUCAGAGUAAACUCAAAUAGGUUUAAAAUGUCUUUCCACAAGGAUUCGCUCUAAUUUUAUCAAAUAAACUGUAGUCCAAACCGAUGACUAACUUCUUUCAUGAAAAGGGAAGCGGUCCGAGUGCUCUUAAAAUGAGUAAGAAACUAAAAUCUCCUUGGGCAGGGCAGGGCAGGGAAAUUUGAGGAAGGAAAUAAAAGUGGUGACACAUAAAAGGUCAUGAGCUAAGUCUAAAAACUUUCUACAUACAGUUUGCACGCUUCAUCCACCUCACUAACUCAUCUGGUUUAGCUGAUUUAUUACAGAGACAAACACUUGAAAAAGCUGCAUGUGUUAAGUUUUCUGUAAAUUCAAUCAAAUACAUGCUUUAUCAACCUUAACUUACCUACCACUAGGCUCUUAUUGGAUUAAGAAAUGCACUAAUGUGUAAAGCAGUGGCCUGAGUCUCCUGUCCAUCCCUUCCCCCUUCUAUAAACAUGACUGCAUAAUAAAGUGGGUCUGCAGACAAUAGACUGAGGAGAUGUGGGAACCUGCGCUGCCUGGUACAAAGCUUAAAGAACCAAUCACAGUUGUUAAAAAUAAUGGAAACCUUAACCUUUUUGCCAUUUUUAUAGAUUUCCUCUCCUACUAUGAAAAGGAUUCUUUGAGUGUUUGCAUUUUUUUCCCCUCCAUACAUGCUCACUUGCUUCCUACUCUUAAGCAGUCGCUCAUUCUCCUGCUCGCCGUCAUUGUAUGUAAUUAACCAUUUACUGUGAAGAAGGGCUGUAAUUAAAAGUAUGGAGCAAGGUUGCAGAGCACGCCUCAGCCGGAAGGUUUAAUGGAAUUUACAGUGCACUUGAUACAAAUGCUUAUUUAACUGGCUAUUCUAUUCAGCUUCAAUUACAGGCAUUAAGGUCACCAACACCUAACAUGCCUUUCACAUAUACUAGUAUUUCUCUGGUCUAUCUAUUUUCACCUUUACUAAACAUGGAUGGUGAAAUAGGCCUGGGCGACUUGGCAAAAAAAAUGACUACGAUAUAUUUUGUCAUAAUGUCCGAUCUCGACUAUUAUCACGAUUUUUUAUUUUUUAAACUGCCAGUUUUAAAGCAACCAAAGAAACUAGAGGUUAGUUCAACAUUUUAUUAACAUACUAAGUAAAUAAAGUAAAUUGAAUAAGAUAAACUUAGAAAAAAAUGAAAACCAUUUUAACUCAACAGAACAACAAAUGUAGACAAAUAUGAUAUAAUACAGUGAAUUAGUUUACAGUCCUGAGUGUUUUUGCUGGUACGCAAGACCCAAAAUAAACAAAUCGCUCCCUCAGGGAUAAUGAAGACGCCUUAAAAUGUAAACAUUAGAUGAUGAAAACGUAGAUGAUUCGAUUGAUUGGGUCUUUGGUCUGGUGGCGGCAUCGCUAGUUGUAGCUAAACUUCUAAUGCACUGCUUGUGCCGUCAGCAGUGGCAUUUUUAUGCGUUUCGCAUAAUCACUCAGGAAGAACUUCUUCAAAUGAUUAAACAGAUCUUUUGUGUUGUCAUUUUUUGAAGGCACCGACAUACCUUGCACAUCGGCUUAAUUGCUUAACGUCACUUUGGAGAUACUUGAAACACCGCCACCCAACCGACGUUGAAUAACUUCUUAAUAAAGGCAUCUUCGGAGGAUGACUCAAAGUCAUCGCUGACAUCUAUUAGCGGCCCUCAGCUCAGCUUUUAGCUCCAUGUUCGGCCAUUCUGUUUACUUCUACUGUUUACUUCUCUGGCAACUUACAGAAGUGGAGCAGGAAAAGCUUGACCUAUGAUUGGCUGUUGUGACGCACAUUUCCGUUAAGUUUGAUCGAGUAAAUAUGCUCACAGCUGAUCACUGUGAUCAAACUGAAAUUUAUCACAAUCAUUAACCAUGAUCAUAUAAUCGCCCAGUCCUGUGGUGAAAUGACAGUUAUUAAAUGUUUCAGUUUUCCAGCCUCCGUCUCUUUGCAUUGAUGAAUAUGAUUUUCAGUAGUUUUUGUUUGCUGUGGUUGGUUGUUUCUCACAAGUUCAUGGAACUAAGCGUUUCUUCUGAAUCAUCAAAUCAAUAAGUAGCAGCAAGAAACACUCCGUUAAAACAGAAUUUUCUAAUUUACUCGCAGCGAGGGGUUUUGACAGCAUUAGUUUCACAAACUGCCAAUUAGAGGUCGCGUACAGAACCAUCACCUGCUUAAUAAGCGGCUAAACCCUGUUUCUGCAAAGCUUCUAGUCAGUUCAGUUCAAAUGUAAUAGGCUUGAAACCUCACUAAUUUAAUGUGUGGAGUUCAUCGCCUUUCACUAACAGCGAGAGUAACCAGCGUGCUUGUCACUUUUCCUCAUUUAAUCUUUUACAGACAUACUCUCAUCAGAGGGAUUUCCCCUUUUUUCAUUUUUUCCCCUCAGAGCCGCCUCUAUAAAGCUCACCCCCACCUCUCCUAAAUCCCUUACUCAUUCCCCGUGGAUUAAGGAAAGAUCGCUCCUCCUCCAAAUGAAAGAUGUGUCUCAGUAAAAGUAUUUGUUUGUCUAGAUCAGGGAGAGCAGUGUGUGGUACACUUACUAUUCUUCUCGCCUUUUAGCAUUCUUGCUGUCUGGUGUGUGAGGGUAUGUCUGUGUAUACACACUCUCUCCUAUCUCAGGAGAACAUAUUCUCACCAUUAUGCUCCUUAAAUACAGAAUACAACAGAGAUGGUUAUUCAGCUGGGGUUAUAUGGAAGCACUUAUAGAAUAAUGCUAUCAAACCAGAGUGUUAUAAUGUGGUUUUAUUUUUAUAUGGAUUGUUGAAGAAUAAUAUGUCAUUGUUUGUGCAGAAGAAAUAAAAUACGUUCAUCUGCAGCAUAAGUAAAUUGCAGCUUGUAUAAACUCUUGUUUCUACAGCAACACAAACAGAGGCUGUGCAAAGGAGGGUGUGAAUGAGGCAUGCCGGAGCUAAGGGACUUGUGUGUCCGUCUUUUGGGCUCAUCUGCUCCCUUUGCCAGACUGGCAGCAGGAAUAAACACUGAGCUGACUGAGUAACAUCCAUUUGUGUCUUUUGAUCUGAUUUUGUCGGAAUGAAGAUGUCCCAGAAACUCAAAAAGUUCCUUCAUCAACUUUAUGUGUGUGAGGGGGGGUUGUGGAGAAUAGUUAAAGUAGACUUGAACACAUGAAGAAGGAAUGCUUUCGUCGGAAACUUUUGUGCAGUGUGGAAGUUUGUCAGGAUCACAGAACUGAGGGAGAUUGGAAAAGGCGAAAGGCCAAAAGCUUUUAGUGAAAGGAGGUUUUUAUUCUAUUGAUGUUAUUGCUGCCAAACAAUGAGGUAAUACCAUCAACUGUCUUCGUGUCCUGUAAUUGUCUAAGAAUGCUUUCAGUUAUGCCAAAGAUUUAAAUUCGCUUCUCAAGCUCUGAUUCUUGCAGCUACUAGUAUGUGUUUUAGGGCUGGGCGGUAUGGCCGCAAAUCAAUAUCACGAUGUAUUGAGCAGUUCACCUCGAUAACAAUAAAUAGAUGAUAAUUACUCCACUAGCUGCUCACCCCCUCCCACAUUUAACUUAGUCUACUUCAGCUGCUGCUCCAGCCACUACAACUUUUGAUCUGUCCUCCAUCUCCUCACCUGUCUUUCCCAUUUUGUUACAAACUGGAUGGGGUGGAGUCACGUCUCUGAUGUAGGACAGUGUCUUAAGGGACAAGAGAACAUAGCCUAACUACACACAUCCAAAACCAACUUUUAUAUAUUGUCAUAAAUUUCAGUAUCAGUAAAUUUUUGGUGUAUCGCCCAGCCCUAGAACGUGUUAGUUAUUGGUAUUUUAGGGGUUUAUGUCUUAACAGGUUAAAAAUGAAAUGACAUAGUUUGGAGGAUAUUUCGGUAUCUGUAGAUUUCUGGUUUAUCACCCAGCCCUAAUGUGCUUCUAAUCUGAAUCAAUUAUACACUCAAAUGAUCCCAGUUAGCCCCAUGUUUGAGCAAUGAGAUUCAAUAAUGCACUCUGCAUUUUGAGAAGGUUGCAGGGUUUCUUAAAGGAGUGUAACAUAUAGUCUGCAUAGUUUUAUCUCACAGCAGUAUGAGAGAAAAUGUGGCAGAAACAAUAUCCACAAGCAGAAAGAUAUGAAAGGUAUCAGAGCACAUGAUAGAAAUAAGGCUUGUUGAUGAGAAGACGAGGGGCUGGAAAUGGGGGCAUAAAAACAAUACGGGGUAGAAAUGAAUCAAAAACACAAGAUGAGUAAAAAGCCCACAGGGGGAAUAAUCUGGUAAGUACCAACCAGACUGAGAGACAGGUAGAUGCAGAGAGAGAGAGAGAGCUAUAGGGUUGUGGAGCAACCGACUGAUGGGGAGCACAGAGAGGAAAGGGGGGCAGGGCUGCAUGUUUUCCCCAUCUUACUCUCUGAUUGGUUGGGACAGCGUCAGGCGGGCUGAGCUGAAUUUAAUCAGAAAUGUGCGUCACCGGCUGCAGUUCAAAGCCAACAGCCAGCCAGAUACCGCUGAAGGGGGAGCUGGCUCUCUCUCUCUCUCUCUCUCUCUCUCUCUCUCUCUCUCUCUCUCUCUCUCUCUCUCUCUCUCUCUCUCUCUCUCUCUCUCUCUCUCUCUCUCUCUCUCUCUCUCUCUCUCUCUCUCUCUCUCUCUCUCUCUCUCUCUCUCUCUCUCUCUCUCUCUCUCUCUCUGCAUGUAUAAAAGUGUUUAUCUUACAUAUAUGCACUAAAUUUAUCAUGUUCUCUAAAAACAUGUCGAGUGUUUAUGUGAUUACCAUAGUUAGAUUUACAAGAGCUACCAUUUAAUACUCAGAACAUACUCGGCGCUCUUUUCGUGGCGGUGGAUUGAUGAUUGUAUUUGUUUGCAUUUCUGCGACUUUUCCUCCAUGUCACUGCUGUUUCUGUGUGUCAGCAGGAAGGAAGGCAGCUAUCUGGAUUAGUGUUGUGCUCUCUGAGAGGGCCUCUGUUUUUAGCUCUGCUCUCAGACCAGCUCUUGGCAAGCACAGUGAAUACCUCUGUGCUCCGAAUUUACUUCAGCCUCCCCCUGUAGCAGCUUUGGCCUCUGUGUAUGUGUGUUUGCGUGUUAGUGUGUGUGUGUAUGGUUGUCAGCGCCGCCGUACAGGAAAACUUAGAUUGACACACUGGUUGGAUAGAGGCUUUAAGUUCAAAACACGUGUGCCGUCAAAUUGUUGGUUGUAGAAAAACUCCUUUUCCUUACCACACACAAACUCUCUCUCUCUUUCUCCUCUUCUUUGAGUGAAGGUUGUAUGAGCUGUCGAGUAGUUUGACCAUAUUUGUUCGGGGACUGUAAGAAAAACACCAGUCUCCACUGAAUUCACAGCUAUAAGUGCGGACAGCCACAGACUCACACCGACAGCCUCUAUAAUAUUCAGCGUUUUAUGUCAGGUGGUUUUUAACCGUGUUCUAGCACCCGAAGGAAGAACUUCGCCAAGCAGCUCUGUUGAGUCGUGAGCUGUCCAGGUCCUGCUAAUCAUAACACCUUGCAGGCUAACACUCAAUUAGACGGCUGGCUGGUCACUGCAACCAUAGGGAAAGGGUCAGACUGAGGCCAGAACAGCAGGGAAAGGUUUGUGUGUGUGUGUUUGUCUGUUAGGGAGAAGGAGUGUAAUGAAGAGGAAAGGAGCUGUCUCCCAGUGUUUGUGUGUGUCCUUGUUUAGUCAGCAGAAAAAAUAUGACCUUUUCAUAGAGUACGUCUGGGCCAGUAACAUAUGUUCAGCGAAAGGUUGCAUGAGGCUGUUAACUUAAAGGGCCAGCGCUCAGUAACAUGCUGUGCAGACAGACAAACACAUGCAGUCAUUAGUACCUGCUGAGUGCUAACUAUAUGAUGAGGAAGAGCGGAAGUUUAAAUUGCUUUUGGCUGCGUAAGCAUGUUUCAAACAUUCCUGCUGCUCUUACUUUUUAAAAUCUGCUCCAUUUAUUUGUUAGCUUAUUUUAUUAUCUAGUCUUCUGUUUGUCCACAAUCACUCGAUGGUUAUUGCGCUGUUUCACACGUUGGUGAUUUAGCAUUAAAAACACAAGCAGGAAAGGAGGAACUGGUCAAACUGGACUGAGACCUCUAAACCUGGCCAUUUAGAGUAGGGCUGGGCAAUAAAACGAUAAUGAUAUAUAUCAAAAAUUAAUUUCCCUCGAUAUCGAUAUGAAACAUGGUCAAUAUGCGUUUCAAUAGCCAGCAUUCUGCCAUGUUUUGGUAGAUCAUAUGGAUAGCCGUAUUUUUUUUUUUUUAAUAUCGUGAUACAUAACGAUAUCGACUGAUAUGAAAAAAUAUAUCGAUAUCGACUUUUUCCAGUAUUGCCCAGCCCUAAUUUAGAGGCUGAAAGACACGCAUUCUGUUCUGUGAAGGACUAAUGGUAAACUGACCUAGUCAUUAAUACCUUGCUCCCUGCAUGUGUCUUUCUGUGUGGGUGUGCCUGUGUGUCCAUCCAGUGCCAGAUCCUGCUCCCACUAAGCCCAGUCUCGGCCCACCCCACUACCUUCACCCCACCAGCCCUACGCUGCCCCUCUCCUCCCCCUCCUCCAUCUCCUCUUCCUCCUCCUCUUCUUCUUCUGGCAAUGGCAAGCGUGACUCCUCCAGUAGCCAACUCCCGACUCAGACUCCCCCUCAGCAGCAGUGCCAGUUGUCCUCUGCCAGUGCUCGCUACCCGCCCAGAGAGGUGCCCCCGCGCUUCCGCCAGCAGGAGCACAAGCAGCUACUGAAGAGAGGCCAGCCACUGCCUGCAGGAGCCCUCUGCGCUCUCACCCUCUCCUCCUCCUCUCCCUCCUCUUCGCCCUCAUCAUCUCCCUCUUCUUCUUCUACUACCAGCAGCUCUACCCCAAAUUCUGCCACGUCCUCUGCGAGCAAACGCCACCAAGGUUUGUCAAUACAGUUAAACAAUCCUUCUUUUGUGGUGGCUGUGUACAAAUUAUUUUAUCCUUACACUUUUGAUUUCGCAUGUUGGCUGUACUUUGGCUGCAUGUUCUGACAUUUUACUCGAUGAGCUCAGUUAGUUACCUUUCAAUCAGUCUAAUCUACUGACAUUCAGGACUGAGUGUGUCACCUUUAGCAUACUUGGAAAGGUUUCUGAAGACUCUAGUUUCUUUUUAGUUUGUAUUUAGAUGCACAGUCAGUGCUUUGCAGGUGCAUUGAAUCACAGGGAUUAAAAGGUUCAUUUUAAUCUGGUGAGCAUAAACACAAUGAUACAGCUUCUAUACUGAGUGGAUCGACAUUUGAACUACAUUUGAAAAUUUAAAAUGUAAUUUCUCCUGGGGCUGGGCGAUAAACCAAAAAUUUACUAUUACCAAAAUUUAUGACAAUAACUGACGUCAUUUUGCCCAGGUCAGUAUAUUCAGUGUCAAAAUAAUAAAUAAAUAAAAUUUGGUUAUGGAUAUGUGUAGGAAGGCUAUGGUCUCAUGUCCCUUAAAGAUGUUGUCCUAUGUCGGAGACGUGACUCCACCCCAUCCAGUCCUUAGCAAAGGAUCCGGUUCAAAAGUUGUUGCGGCGGAGUAGUUAUCGUCCAUUUAUCGUUAUCGAGAUGAACUGUUAAGUAUAUCGUGAUAUUGAUUUGAGGCCAUAUCGCCCAGCCUUACUUCCUACAGAUUCUGAUAGCUGAAUGCGUCUUUCUAGUGUAGGUUUUUGUCUUCCAAUUCUGGCAGUAUUAACCAGAAAAAUCCUUCCUAAUCGUAAACCAAGCUCAAGGAAAAACAGCAGUGCUUUAUUGUUGAAGAGUCGGCAUGCUCUCUUCUCUUUGCUUACAGGACCUCACACACACACAUACACACACGCUCUCAGACCACCGUAGCCAGAGGUAGCUUUUUAAUGAACUCACUGGUGGCCCUUAAGAUCACUAAUACUAACACGCCUUGACAUGCUCAUUGUACAGUGGUUUGUGUGUAUUUGUAAGCAGGAAACCUGUGGAUUGAUAGAGCUGUAUUUCUUAUUUCGUGGACAUCUCUUCUUUUCUCAUUUUUCUCAUUUUGUCAGCUUUUAUCGUGCCAUAUUUUCGUACUUGAUCCACAGCUUUUUUCUUCUUAUGCAUCUACUCAAUCACUCUCACAGACAAGGGAGGCAAUUUCCAAGCAUUCUCCAUGGUCUGUCCUUAAAAACACUCCGAUCAAUUAUCAAUUAGGAAUAAUUAGAAAUUAAAUCACUCAGAAAAUUGAAAACUAAAAUGUGCUGUUUGAGCGGGUUUUUAACAGUCACAUUACUUACUCAAUCGAAUGAUACUAGAUGAAACACUUAAUGUCUCUAACGCUGACGGUUAGAGACAACCUCAGAUCCUGUUAAAACCUUUUUAUGGAAGAAGGGGAAUACAAGAUGCAAGAUUAGCACACCAGCCUUUGUCUUUAUCCUUUGGUUUUCAUCAAGCAGAAGUAUCACACGUGUUUGUUUUUAUCUUUGUCAAGUUUCUCUUUCUUUCUCUCACAUGGUAUCAUUGUCUUUUUGCUGCUCUGAGCUGCCUUUUAUUACUGACUCAACAUUUGCUGGGGGAGCACCAGACACUCAGUAAACAAAUCAGCAGCAGUUGUGGUGUAUGUCUACGUAGACUGCAAACUGAAGAGAAAAUCUUGCUUUUUUAUUAAUCCUGGAUUUUUUUCUGUUAAUUAUGGAAGAAGCCAUCAUUUAUACUUAAUUACCUGGUAUUUUCUCCACGAUCAGCUGUUUGGUGCAGUUUCCUCAGCUGUGGGACAAUAUCUAAAUUUGGCUGCAGCUUUAACUCACUCAACAAAAGCAAUACCUCUAAAGCCUUAAGGCUUAAAAGAAUAUAUUUCUUCUUUUAGCUUGAGACAUAAUAAGCUCCUCAGGUUGACUGUGUUAACCUAUAAUGUCCUUAUUAUUGUCCUAGUACGGCAUUGGUUUUCAUGUUUGGCCUUUUCCCUAACCCCGGAUUUCCCAGGGGCUUGCUGGUACAACACAGCCUGUGGCAAAGUUAGCUGCUUGCUGGCUCUCUAUCCCCUUCUCUCCUCUCAUUCUUUUUCAGAGGACUUCCCCUUCACAACCCAUUUUUUUCUCACUGCUGAGCCAGUAGCCCGAAGCUAGUAGCUCUGUGUUUGCAAUAACUCCAGAAUACAUAAUUUGGAGAGCGGACAUUGAAGGUAAACCAACUCUGGCAAAACCUGAGCUUUAUGUAUAUGAAACUUCGCUAUUUUAGGAGUAGAACAAGAUCUUUAAAAAAUCACUAUAGUUCUUGACCCUUCUGCAGAGAUCAUUGUAAGGGCAUGACUUAAAAAUAGGGCUGGGCGAUAAACCGAAAAACUUCAGACACUGAAAUUUGCAAUAACCAACGUCAUUUUGAUCAUGUCAGUAUAUUCUUUGUCAAAGAAAAAAAUAAAGUAAAGUUGGUUUUGGAUGUGUGUAGGUAGGCUAUGGUCUCAUGUCCGUUUAAGACGUUGCCAUAUGUUGGAGACAUGACUCCGGCUGAAGCGGCGGCUGAAGUAGACAAAGUUAAUGUGGGAGAGCUUCUGGAGUAGUUCUCAUCCAUUUAUCGUCAUCAAGGUGAACUGCGCAGUAUAUCAUGAUAUUGCUUUGAGGCCAUAUUGCCCAGCCCUAGAAUCAACCAUAAAAACGCAGUACACAGUGAACUAAGAAUUAUGUGCGUUAUUAUCAAUCUGGAUCUACUGCAACCUCGUCCAUAUGUUUUAUUUUAUUCUCCUGCAAGUAGAAGCGCAAAGUUUUCCUCCUCGUGGUUUCUGUAAGUAAGGAUGAAUCCUGUUUUGAGGACACAUUCCUGACCUCACUCUUAAGGUUAUGGUGGCCCAGAGGGAUGGGAUGAUGUGAUUGUUCCUUCAGUUAGAUACUGAAACACUCCAGUGCACAUGCAAACACAUGCACAUAGAUGUGCUGUGCAGCAGUAAGAACACACAAGUCUGACCCAGUUGUGUCCCCUCAGAUCUGUGUCUGCCUUGUAGGGCAGCUGGCUCAGAGUUUAAAGGGGGAAAAGCACACACAUACACACAUAUACACACAAACAUUUUAGCUCAUAAGCUCAGCAGUGCUGGCUAGAUGUCCUCAGGAAGUUAAAUGCAAAUGACAUCCUUUUUUUCCCCCUUUUUUUGCCUUACUUUGCACACAUUGGUUUAGGAAAAUCCGACUGAUCCAAUUUGUGCAUAGAGUGUUAGGUUGGACAUAACAGGCCAUCUACACACACCCAACCCUAAAGUCUGAAAGGCAACCCCCUUUUAGCUCAAGUGCAUUCACACCACAAGACCCCAUUUCAUUGUCCACAAGACCAGACAGAGACCCCCUGUUACAUCCCCCCCCCCUUUUGCACCCACCAACCUCGUCUCUCCAGCUGACUGGGGACCAUUAAGUGGUCCGGAGCAGCCAGCAGCCGUCCAGACAAGCUUCCUAGUAGCAGGUGCUGGAGUGAAGCUCCCUAAGACUGUGGGAACUGCUGCCCAACAGCUGUUUGCUAGACACCCAGACAGAGUGUAUAGCCAGAAGGCUCUCUGCUGGGUGCUGUCUGAACACUCGGCCCUUUCAUUUGAGCCCCGUUAAAUAUGCAGGUAAAGCAGUUGGGUUUUUGGAGGAGAUCUCAUUUAAGUUAAAUCCUGUGUAUGUACAGAACACGGGAUGUCAGUUCUAGAAAAUUAUUCCCGCCGAGUUGAGCAAAAGCUGUAGUAUUUAAAAAGUUUUGUAAGUAGCAUUGUAAGAAAAUCAAACACAGAUGAUACAUGAAAAUGAACCCAAUUUAGAUCAUAGUAAUUUGUUUGAUUUAAACCAUUAUACGAUCACUACGCCACCACUUGGUCUUAAUGAAGCCAGAGAGCUUUAAGAUUACCCCAUGUGCCCAGGCUGUGACAUGCUCACAGAAGUGCGAGAACCCCCUAGUGGCUUCAUUAAUCCAGCCUCUGUCAGGGAAACCAGAGAAGUCAUUACGGCUUCUCUCUCCUCUUUUCUCUCCUCUUUGAGUAGAGGUAAACAGACAUGAAUGAUGAGGUUUUUAAACCCUCCUGUGACCAUUCCCUUAGUCGUUCUUUUCCUCUCUGUUUCCGGAAAAACAAGAACAUGCCGCCUCUGAUCGGAGCGGGCAUAAAGCAACCCUCAAAGAGAGAUGGAGAGGGUCUGUUUGGGGACAAAAGACCACUAAAUACCUUCUCCUGUUUUGGUUCUGGUGUUAUGCCACCCCCCAUAGUAUGCUCUGUGAAAACUGCACAGUUUUCAGAUCACAGUCAAACUAUAUAAUCCAUCCAUUGCCAAUUCUGAUAGUCUGGUGAUGCCUCUUCUGUCACCAACUAUCUCCCUUUCUCUACCCUUGAAACUGCAAGUGCUAACCCCUCCCCCAAGUCUCUCCUUCACACUCCUCCUCUCCCUUUCUGUCACCCUGCCUUUCACCUCACUCAGAAGGGAGGGGUAGCAUUUAAUUAUUGGCUACCUGCCCAUUUCUAUGAUGGCAGCUUGUCUCAUAAUCUAAAUCUCAUCUCUUGCUUAUUUUUUUUCGCGACUCUAGCAAGCUGGCAUCACAGCCUUUGAGUGUUGUUGAUGUUUAAUCCCCCUUUUUUAAGCUCAUAUGUGCAGUUGGUGUUCAUAUAGAGAACAUUACCCCCUUUUCUUUCUGCUCUUCAGCUUCUCUGUUGAGCGUGGGACUUUUUCUUCUCUGGUGGAUUCGCAGAUACAUGCAACCAGAAGUCAGUUUUGCCCUGCUGGAAGCAUGAGCAGCCAAAGAGGGGGCCCCAUAUUUUCAUUUUUUUGACCCUUUUCAUUCCCUGAGCAUAAUCAGUGACUGCCUUCCUAAUUGCUUCCAGAAUGAAAGCAGCACCACAUUACUGACACAUGAUUGCAAGUGGUGGACGGAAAUAAUUGUCCCCUUUUCUUUGUUUUGCAUAUUCAGCUUGCCUUCAACCCCCUCUGCCAAUUCUCUGCCUUGCCAAGAACUUGCAAGACCUUUCUGUUGGAAUGUCUGGUGGGGGAGUUGAAAGGAGAACAAUGGAGACAUGUUUGAGAUGAAAGAAAAGUCGAGGAUGUUUUGCAUUGGUACGAUGCGCACAAAUAUGUAUUUAUAGAGGUGGACACACCAGCAUUAGGAUCUAUCUUGUAUAAUCCAGUCUGUUUGAUAAAUGCAUAUUUUCUUUAGCUCAAGGUAGAUACUCACCAUUUUUUCCCACCAUGGACAUACUGAAGACUCAGCAAAGACAUAUUUUGUACCUUUAGUUCAUGUAGUGUUUUUUUUAAUUAUGAUAUUGGCUUUCAUCGUGUCCCCAAAGACAUCCGCGUCCUAGAGCUGAAUAACUCCUAUGUCACCUGUCACUUCUAUAACUUAUUUCUAAGUUCACACUUUAAGCAAACCUCCAAAAGAAUUGUCUGUGUAACAGAGGUUGUGAGUGUCACUUCUCUGUGCUGUCUGUUUUAUUUUUAUUCAACUGAUUGCAAACAGACUAGUUUCAAAGUAUGCCUGUGUUUAUGCGUUUGUGCCAUGAGUCUGACGACCUUGUGCGAUAAGGGUGCCUGAGGAGUAAAGAUAAGUGUGCUCUGGCACAAAAUUGUAUUCACAGCCACUCUGUGGUGUGCUGCACAGUCAUCUCGAAGCCACAUAUCAUUCAGUAUUUCUGCGAGACUUUCUACUCGUCUUAUUAAAUUGUUUCAACCACUGGAUUUUAAUCUUGUGAUUGAUAACUAAGACCUCGUAUAGAAAUUACUGCAACAAUCUGAUGGAAACUAAUGGCAGAGUAAUAGAAGGUAAGAUAGCUCAAUUACCAAACAAAGAAAAUAUUUCAGAAAUACAGUCUGAGUUUCAUAAUUAAAGGUGGAAAAGGCACAUUUACUGCAGCUGCUGAGUGGGUUGGUUACAGUUGUGUGGAAAGCUUAUUGUAAAAGACAUUUGAUUCACAAACUGCUUCUUAAACCCAUCCAGCAUGUAUAUUAUCAUAAAGAAUGAGAUGAGUACAUUAAUCUAUAUAGUAUUAUUCUUGCUCUUUUUGUAUCACGUUAACAUCAAUAAAAACAAGUUCAGAUAUCUGGCUUUAUACAUGUAGCUGUUUGAAAAUGGCCGUUUCUUUUCUUUCUCCUCCAAGAGUUGUUUGAUUUAUUCCUCACUUCAUUCCCCUUCCCCCCUGUGAGAUCAGUUGCUAUUCUCAUUGGUUUUCAGCCUAUUACAUGAGACUACCCUAGUGGUCAGGAUGUUUGCAUGCGGGAUCGAUAGCCUCCCUACUUUCACCCACUAGCAUUAAUAAGAUCAUCGAUUAGCUGCCUCCCACUGAUUGAUUACCCCUUUACAGCAUCAAAUCAGUCUAUCAUUAGUUCCCCCCUCCGAAGGGAUGCUUUUGCAGCUAAUGAAAUUUCUUAUGUGCUGUACACUGUUGAUUAGAGGGUUGUUGGGGAUGUUCUGUUAUGGUAAUGUGCAGCUGAAUUUGUAGAUCAAGUUUGAAAGCUUGUAAAAAGCAAGUCAAGGGUAACAGUCAGUCUUGUGAGCCCAGAGUUUGUAGGAAAAAUUGAGAUGGAUAUGGAAUGAAAUGCAAACGCGAGUGUCCAGCAUUAAAUUUAUGCAGGUGGGGAAAGUCAGCACACACACAUCCCUACAAGCCUGGAGGAAGUGUUUUGUGGUGUCUUAGUGCGGUGCGGUCGGAGGAGGAGUAAGCCUGGCGGAGCGUAGGGAGUGAUGGAUGAGAGCCGUCCUGGUUUCAUUCCAAUAAAUGAGCGGCGUUCCACUUGGGCUUCCCUUCACAGCCCCAGCUAGUGAAACCACGAUGGAGACUGAUGGGCCUCUCACUGCUGGGUGUUAGAGGAGAGCAGAGGGGAGAGAGAGAGGAAUUACAGGGUGAGGGAAUAGGUGGGGGCAGAAAGUAAGAGAGGAGACAUGGACAAAGAAGGGAAAGGGCAGGAGGUGGGAGUAACAAAUAAUGGCAGCUAGGGAGUAAGAGGGAAGUAAGGGACAGCACAACAAAACAAGAAGAAGAAGACUAGAAGAAAAGUGAAAAGGAAGUUAAGUCAAAACAGUGAGGUGGAGGGAGGAUGAAAGAAAAAUGAGCGAUGGAAAGAGAGGGAGAGCUACAUCUCUCCAUUUCCGUCAAGCUGUCUGCACCACGGCAAGAAUAUAUAUGAAUAUACCAUGGCUGAUAUGACAUGCAGCACGCUUGACUGUGCUUUCUGAUUACGUGUUGGAUUGUGGAUCAUGCAGCAAGUGUGUGACCAUCUCAUCCUGCCAAGUCUGAUAGCGAGCAUUAACCAACCAAGAAGAUAGAAUUGCUCCAGGGGACUAAUGGGCGCUGUUAUACACAGUGUUACUUGUUGUAGCCUAAUUUUAUUCUUUUCUCCUCAUCCUGGUUUUAAUAUUGUUAUUUUAGAGCAUUUGACUCCAGUUCCUUUGUGUUGUGUUGCUGCAUCCUCUCACACUCACCUCGUCUUCUGUUUAAUUUUUAAUGUGAUGUAUUGUUUUGGUUCCUUUUGUUCCAACCUUUUUCCUCUCUCUUUUUCUUCCCAGACAUAUCCCUUCAGAGUGGCCCUGCUGCCCAGUAUGAGACCUCUCAUUGGGGCACCUCUAUGCCAGUUGACAGCCUCUCCAGUGCCAACAGCUGGGACAAAGUGAUUAUCGAUAGAAGUGACACAGAAGCUUGGCCCUCUAUCAGCCGUGGUAGUGACCCCAGCCACCCUGCAGCACAAGAAUGCCCCUUGGGCUCAACUCUCUCUAACCGAGACGCCAGUGCUGUCACUACCACCAGUUGUAGUAGUUUUCUGAGUAUGGCCACAGGUGCUGCAGGCCAGCAGGCCCACUAUCCCUCCCUUAAAGCUAACAAUAACAUGAUGACAGGACCUGGGUCAGCCAACGCAUUAGCCGGUAAUAGAGGCUGGGGCACAGAUGGGAAACAAGAUGGUGUAAAUGGGAGCCGAGUUGGAGGACCGAAUAGCUGGGGCUCUCCUAAUUUUAACUUGAACCUCAAUCCCAAUGCCAACCCAUCAGCUUGGCCUGUCCUGGGCCACGAGGGUGGUAGUGGUGGUAAUGUUGGUUCCAAUGGGAUUUCAAAUUCCCCAUCCCUCCCUCCAGGUAUUAAUGGCAAUGGAAACAUGAGCCUGGGAAGUGCAGAUAAUGGCGGAGGUGGUUGGGUCAGUAUGAUAAGUGCUAACGAAAAUGAUCAGCAACACCCCUCUACCAAUACAAGCUUGUCCUUCAAUAUGGAACCAGCUAACCUUAACACUGAUGGACCAAACCACACUAAGCAACAGCAGCAAGCUCAGGAGCCAAUGAGCCCUAUCCAUGGGAUGACCGGCUGGGGAGGCCAGUCACCCACUGAAUCAUCACAGCUUAAUGGGGACACAACAGGCAGCUCUGUAUGGGGUAGUGGAGAAACCAAGGCAGCUGACUCCCCCAAGGACUCAGGCUGGGACUCAACUCCCUCUGGAGGCCUUUCAGCCUGGGGCCGCCAAGGCAGUGGUGGUGGAAGUAGUGGAAGUGGUGGCUGGGGUGACUGGGGGAAAUCCUCUGGUGGCGGAGAUACAUCCAAAGGCUGGGACUCAGUAGAUGCUGGUAGCUCUGGGUCAGGCCAAGAGCAGCAACUUAGCUCAUGGGGUAUGCAGACUGGAACAGCCCCAGCAAGUGAGGGUAGUGGUGACAGCAGUGAAGGUCAGUCUCAGCACAAAGAUAGGUCUUCUAGCAUGGAUUUUUCCCCUGUUGUACCCCGACAGGACCUGGAUCCUAAGGUGCUCAGUAAUUCUGGUUGGGGACAGACUCCUAUCCGCCAGCACACUGUAUGGGAGAUGGAAGAAGCCAGCUCUGAUAACGGGAAGAGCAACAGCAGUUCAGACACCUUGGGAGGCCCCAGUUCUAAUGGUGGACCCUCAUCUACCAAUGGAGGCACAGUCAAUCCAAACAUUGGCCCCAAUCAAAGGCCAGGUUCUGGAGGAAGAAAUGAUAGUGAAGGAUCAUCAUCUUCGAGCUGGGGACCCCCUCCGCCUCAACAAGUCCAACCUGGAUCAGGAUGGGGGGACCCCCCACAGACUGUCAGCAAAGCCCAGAAUGGCACUACUAGUGGCUGGGGAGACACUAUGACUACCAAUGGUUCUAGAGGUGGGAACACACCAUCCUGGGGUUCUGAGGAUAAAUCACCCAGUUGGGAUGAUGGCCUGACAAAAAGUCAACCUGCUAGCUGGGGAGAGGCCCCCAAAAGUUCCCAUGGUUGGGGGAACAGUAAUGGGGUCUCCAAUGGUUCCAGCACAGGGGACUGGGGGGAAGCUGAGGUCAAGAACAAUGGAUCUUCCAGCAGCAUGUGGGAAGGAGAAGGAGGGAAUGGGGGAAGUGGUGGAUGGAAGGAAAGCCCAAGAGGGGGAAACAGAAGUGGCAGCUGGGGUAAACCUUCUCCUACAAUGAAUAAUAGCAGUUGGGGGGAAACCCCACGUUCUAACGGCCCAGUACAGGGAGGCUGGGGCUCCACAAAGCCGCAAGAAAGCAGCAGCAGCAGCACUGGCAGUGGAGGAGGUGGCAGCAUUGGUUCAUGGGGUGGUCCUGGUUCUGUGAAGCAGAGCACAUCUAGCUGGGGCAAUGCUAAUAAAGCAGACCAGAGCAUGGAGCCCACUGGCUGGGAAGAGCCCUCCCCUCCCUCCAUCCGUAGAAAGAUGGAGAUUGAUGAUGGGACAUCUACCUGGGGGGAUCCCAAUGCCUACAACAAGACUGUCAACAUGUGGGAUCGCAACAAUCCCAACAAUAACCCAAGCAACAGCGGCCCAUCCGUCACUAAGAAUGGUGGAGUGAUUAUUCCUAACAAUAACAAUAACAAUCACUCUGUUGGCCCUGGCAACAACAAUCACCAUCACACUCACCAUAUGCACCACCAUCCCCAUCAUGGCCAACCCACAACUCACCUGCAGCACCACGGAAACAACAAUGGGUCACCCAACAACGGCACCUCACACCCAGGUGUGGGCCCCCAGGGAAGACCUCCCCUUGCAAACCCAGGUAACACUUUACACAUUAUUAUGUAUUGACACAUCAAAUGUCAUUUUUAACCAGGGAUGUCGGAAAUACAGUAUGUUAAAACACCACAAGUUUGCUUUUCUAGGAGUCAGUCCCAGACCUCUGAUUAAAAAAAAGCUGAUAGUUUUUUUUUUUAAAUUGCAGACACAUAAAAUGGCCAUCUUCAUUUAAAUAAUCUUUGCUUGCAGCUAAUACUCAAUUCCAAAAAUGACCUCCUAAAAGCUUAUGUUGCCUUAAUUAUCAGGCAUAUAGUUUCAAAUAUAUUGAGUGCCUACUGAUGGUCCUGCAGCUUUAAAAAGGCUUUGUACAGCAAACCUAAAUUAGUGCAAAAGUCAGUUCAUAUAAGUCUUUGUGGAGACAAAGGCCACGCAUAUAGACAGUACAGUGUUAAACCCAACUUGCUCCUCUUCCUUUGAUGUAAAUGAGAACAUUGCCCCCUGCUGUUCCCCAUUUGCAUUGGGCUGGCCAGGAAGCAUCAUGACCACCUUCUGAUACAGCCCUGUCUUUCUAAUGAAUUCGGAAUAGCUGGAAGUUUCUCUAUGUUGUUUACUGCUGAAGAUAACCAAAGUAACCCGGGGGUGAAGAUUUUACUGCAGUGUACUUCAUUGUUUUUACAUUUGACCUCUUUCCUCCAGGUUGGGGGGAGCUCCCUAGUGUUCAACCCAAGUCAGAACCUGCUUGGGGAGAGCCAGCAGCUCCAACACCAGCUGUAGACAAUGGUACUUCUGCUUGGGGAAAGCCCCCAGGGGGAGUGGGAGGAUGGAGCGAGGGUGGCCAUGAGACCUCCGGACCCUAUGGGAGGGCCAAUGGACCGCCAAGUUCUGCACCCUGCAAGCCAGGUAACACCCAGAAAGGAAUAAAUAUGCAUUAUUGCAUGAAUUUCACAGUCAGAUCAGUUUUUACUAAUGUGGUUUAACAACACAAAGUCGCCUCGAGGAGCGUACACUGAGGUGUAAGACAGUGCUUAUCUGCUGUUUUUCACACUCACACGAAUUCCUGUUGCUUUGCUGCCUGUGACAGAAUGCAUUUAGUUGUUGGUGAGGUAAUUCUAGUACAAGACAAGCCGGCACAAUACAGAACACUACUAGCCUCUUAGGUUUUUGCAACACAGUAGAUGUUCUUUGAAAGACCAAUACUAUGUAAAAUAUUGUACAAAAUAUUGUUUUCCACUAAAGCCUGUGAACAUUACUGUCAUCUUGACACUUGAAGCAUUUGAGAAUAAGAUUGUCCGGAAUGACUGCCCAUCCUCUAAAACACUGAUUGGUGACAACUCCCUCUAUAUUUGCACAACCUCACUUAAGUCGGGAAAACAGAAAAGGAAGUUUCUUUGUGAUUUCUGAAGAGUGUUUUGUGCCGUUGGAGUAUUGCUGGGAUUAAAGCAAUUCCACGCCUCAGUACCUCUCGGUUAUUUGGACUUGGUUUGAAAUAUCAGAAAUGAGGGAGGGAGGGAGGUGAAGGGGAUAUUCAGAAAAUGCCAACAGUGACACCAAGUGGUCAGGUUGAGAAUUGCCCAGUGUUCAUCUUCUGAAAUGGCCAGUGUAUAGUUGAUGUGCAUGUAAAAAAGCGCAUAGAUGCCAGAAUACAGAGACAGAAUACCACCAAAUAUUGUAUUGCUUUCAUUUCAUUUCUAAUUUUGCUUUACUUCUUUCUUUCUCAGGCCCCAAACCUAUGCAAGAUAGCUGGGGAAAUGGAGGAGAGGAGAUGGGAAUGUCUACUGGCCAGUGGGACACUGAGGAUGGGGACAUGUGGAACAGCCCCACCUCCCAGGAGAGCAGCUCUUCUUGCAACUCUUGGGGCAAUGGACCCAAGAAAGCCCCAAUCAAGGUCAGCGGAUGAAGUCAACUUUCAUAUUUGCAGAUGUUAAUGGAGGGAUUAUUAUGAACUCAUCCACAAUCAAAUGUUUUGUCUUUUGCUUUGGUUUCCUCAGGGGAAAAUUGUUAACAAGCCAGAUGAGAUGUGGAUCAUGAAUAGACUCAUCAAACAGCUCACCGACAUGGGCUUUCCGGUAUGGAGGCAUUACACGUAGAAAAAAGUUGUGAUAAUGACACAAAACUUAAACAAAUUUUCUCUCUAGCUGAUUUUUUCGACUAGAAUUUAGGCCACCAGACUUUAAAUGCACCUUUAAAUGUGUGAUGUCGGCUGUGUGGCAGUAUUUUUCAUUAAAGUCCAAAAAAGACAUUGCAACUGAGUGCAAAACUUGUCAUGCAAAAGUUUGUAUCAAUAUCAGAUCAAUAUCAGUAUCAGCCGAUACUGAAGGCCACAAUAUUGGUAUGGUAUCGGAAGUAAAUAAAGUUGUAUUUUAACACCCCUAGUCCUACACAGGAGAAUAUGCAUGAUCAUUUCAGACAUGAACCAUAACCAAAAUGUGUACAGCCAUAUUAAACGCUUUAAAAGAGAAGACUCUGGGGUUUUCUUGCUCUCCUAACUGUAAUAAUGCUCAGUGUCCUGUUAUGUUACCUAUGUGCUGCAGAGAGACCCUGCUGAGGAGGCCUUAAAGAGCAACAACAUGAAUCUGGACCAGGCCAUGAGUAAGUAACUACUCACAUGUGUGUCCAGAGCAGGUCCUUGUGUUAAUCUAAGUGAGAUAAGAGCAUGUUAAAUGUCUAAGACAUUAACCUUACACAUGUUUGCUCAAAGGUGCACUGUUAGAGAAAAAGACAGACCUGGACAAGCGGGGCAUGGGCAUGAAUGAUUACAGCAAUGGUAUGAACAAGCCCCUGUUGUGCCGGCCCUCAGCACUCUCCAAAGACCCCUCCGACCGCAACACCUUUCUUGACAAGGUAAGACAAUGAUGUUUGUUAUUUUGUGGAUAUGUCCUAUUUCUGUUAUAAAUAAUGCUUGAUGCUUUUGCUGUUCUCUAUUCAUUGUAAACCAUUUUUUUGUCUCCGUUCCAGGAUGGUGUUCUGUCAGAUGAUGCCCCUCCAUCACCAUUUCUGCCUUCCCCCAGCCUGAAGCUCCCCCUGGCCAACAGUAGCCUUCCUGGGCAGGGCCUGGGACAGGGCAACCCGGGGCUGGCCAUGCAAAACUUGAACAACAGACAGGUAUCACGCAUUUAUGUAGCACACACAUUCAAACAAUACUUUUUACAGCCUUUCACAUAUCUACUAUUCCUAUAUCAGUUUUAGUUGAACUCCAGACUUGGGUACUUUUGUGCUGCUUAGCUAUAGAGAUUUGAUCUGCCUUAUAAACAACACAAAAGCGUUUUAGGUUUUCAAACAAACCUCAGUCGGAGGGAAUUAUAUUUUGAUCAACGGCCUCAUAACCACAAUUUAAAAAUUGAACCGGUUCAAAUGGUGUUCAAGUGUGUGACAUGAUGAGAACAGUAGAUAAACUCAAUUUGUUCUGCAUGCAUCCUGUCUCAUAUCUCCAUGAUUGCAUGUGUGACCUUGCCUCAAGUGUCCAUUGAGAUCAGAUAGUUAUGCUUGAUCAAAUAUCGACCCCCUCCCUCCUUCAGGCCUCAAAAAUCCUGCAGUAUGUCCUUGAAUUUCCAAACAAAGGCUUUUCUUUUUUUUUUUUUUUUUUUUUUUUGCACUGAAUAAAAAAGCCUCUGUACAACUAUUGAAACGUUUAGUAAAUCAGAAUACUCAAAGUUUCUCAGUUUGACAGCUUGCUCCUUUGAGCUGAUGUUUUAUAAAUGCACAGGGUUUAAAAUAAAAUUCAUCCUUGAGAGUAAAUAUUUUUUAAAAAUUAGAAAUGUUUUUGUUUGUCAGGAGGGAAAUAUUGUGUGCACUUAUAAAGCUUUAAAAGCACUUUAUCCAGUUCUGGUGCACUCCUUCAGAUAUCGAUUUAGCUCAUCAUUUGAGGACUUCACAUUUGGAGCCUCUUUGCCUUGAAUUUGAAAUAAAUGACUGCUUUUUGCGGUUCAUUGGCUCAACUCUUGAGUGUUCAAAUUUUCUGAAAUGGCUUCUUCUGACUCCUCGUUUUAGAUACCCAGUGGAAUGUUUGGCAGUAGUGGAGUAGCACAAACCCGGGCCAUGCAGCAGCAGCCUCCUCAGCCACCAGUGCCACCUCUCAGCUCCUCCCAGCCUAGUCUACGUGCUCAAGUGCCUCAGUUUCUCUCCCCUCAGGUAGACACACUCACAUGAAUGACACUGAUUUGAGAUAAAAUAAUAAAGUAAAACCUUUUGAAUUGAUUUUGCAUUUACCAGGGUGCCUUUUUUUCGCAAAAAUAUUUGUAAAGGUUUAGAUUUCUCUUCUGAUGCCACCUCCAAUUUUAUAAGUACUUAAGUCCAACUAAACUGAAUGAGGCAGGGAUUUUUUUCUUCAUCAUGUAAUGAUGCUGAUCAUAUUCCCUUAAAAUUAAACCACAAUUGUAACUACAAACAAUCUGAAAAUUUUGAAAGAGGAUUAGGGCCAUAGGAAGAGAAAAUACUAACUACAGGAGGGAGAAUUUUUUAAUUUACAUUUUGAGAUUAAAGUCGAAAUUUUAAAAAGUCCAAAUCUCAACUUUAUUCAUGUCGACUUUAAUCUCAAAAUUUCAACAUUAAUCUUGAAACUUCUUUUUUUUAAUCUAGAAAUUUCGACUUUAUUGACAUAAUUUUGAUUUUAUCUCAAAAUUUCGACUCUAAUCUCAAAAUUUUGACCUUAAUCUCCUUCCUGUAAUUAUUUUUUUUCUCUUCAUGUAGCCCUAGUACGCUUUUGUAAAAAACUCUUUACUUUAGAGGGGAAGAAGAAAUCUAUUGUGAAUUCUUCCAAAACAAAUCAGCUGUAACAGACAAAGUAUUGAUCCCAGAGAAAAGCUUAACUACUCUGGCAGACCCUUGUCCUUCUUGGAUUCAUAUAUAGUGACUAGUUCUACCUUGCUAGGAGCUGCUCUUUGCACAGUUGUUGUGAUUUGCAGUGACUAACUCUUCGUCUCUCUGCUCUGCCUUCCUAUUCUCCCCUAACCCCCCGAAGGUCCAAGCACAGCUCUUGCAGUUUGCAGCAAAAAACAUUGGUCUAAAUCCUGCACUUUUAACCUCACCAAUAAACCCUCAACAAAUGACUCUCUUGUACCAACUUCAGCAACUGCAAAUGGUGAGUUGGAGUUCCUCUUUUUCACUGUAUUUUUAGGGCAUUGUAGACUUUAAGGCGAAGUGUGUAAGAAGAUUCCGGCAUCUUUACUGGAAUGAAAAAUGAAACCAAGCUCACACUGAUAAAAUAGCAUUGAUGAAAUUUGUUCCUAUCCCUAAAAUGGAUUUAUUAUCAAGGACGUAUCUGUCUGUCUCACCUUUUUAAUCUCAGCAUGUUUUUAUUUCUCAUAACCGUGUUGUAUUUUUUAAUCUGUCUUUCAGGCGUACCAGCGUUUACAAAUCCAGCAGCAGAUGAUGCAGGCGCAACGCAAUGUUUCUGGCCCCCUUAGACAACAAGAGCAGCAAGUGAGUCAAUGGAUGUGAAGUUACAACACACAAUAAGUCUGAUCAUCAGGGGCAUCCUUUCAAAGCGUGUGACUUCCUGUGAGCCCUGACUCAAAGCACUGACAGAUAUCAUGUCUCACAUGAUGACACAGUGGAUAAGAACAUGCGUUGUCACAACAGGAGUUUCUCAAAACCUGAUAUUUCUGCAUGGGAACAGGUUACUUCUUGAGACAACAUAUUGUGAAAGGAGUUUGUUCUGCUUUAUGAAGAGAUUUGGUUCCUUCUGUAGCAGGAUAUUAAUGUCUUGCUAAAAGAGGGGACUCUUAAAAAAGAAUCGUUUGAGCUCUCAUUUUCAUUCAUCAUCCUCUUAUCCGCUUUUAUUUUCUACAUCCGUCAUACUUUGGCAAAUCAUCUGAUGAAACCUCUUAUUGCUGUCUACUGUUUUCCAAACUAAAAGACUUUAACGACAAACCCUUGUGAAACUGCUCCCCCUCUCUCCCAGGUUGCACGUACAAUCACCAACAUGCAGCAGCAGAUCCAGCAGCACCAGCGUCAGCUGUACCAGGCGCUGCUGAUGAAGCAGCAGCAACUUCCCUCUCAUUCCUCCUCCUCUUCCUCCUCCACUGGUCUACAUCCCCCCGGUGGCCCAACCGGAGGCCCUGGCUCCGGCAAAUCAACCCUGGACCCCUUCACAGGCCCACACCAGGCUCCGGGCCUCGCUGAUACUCUGCACACCAAAGAGCCACCGUCUUCGCCCAACGCCUACAGCACCUACCCUCUCUGUGAGUGCAGACAUGAAGUCUUGGAGUGAUUUGUGAAUUUCACAUGUUUUUUUUUCCAUGUCCAAACUUCAAAACUUAUUUUCUUCAGCUCUUGUCCUCAUGAAGAUGUCAGAUGAUGUAUUACUCAUAAAUAAAUCAACAACAGAUUGACAUUUUCUGAUUUAAAAUGUUUGUAGUAAUCCUGAUUUGUGGGCUGUGUAAUAAUAUCAUUUAACUCUAUAAGUGAGAGAUAUUGCCAGUGUAUUUAUGAGGUAUAUGUGUGUGUUUGUGCGCAGCUGGACUGAAUCCAAACAUGAAUGUAAACUGCAUGGAGGUUGGGGGUCUGUCCCUGAAGGAGCCCCCUCAGCCCCAAUCCCGCCUGUCCCAGUGGACACACUCCAACUCCAUGGACAGCCUCUCCGGCAACUCCUCAAACAUGGAGAACAACCUCAAUAAGCACGGUGCGUGUAAGAAGACAGCACACACGCAUAGAAUCAUAUAAACCUGAUUUCUAACCCUCCUCACACGACCGUCUUUAGCAGCAGAAGAGAUCACACCCUCGCACCUUUAAACUUGUGUGAAACUCUGUUGACACCAGCUUACUGUCAGUUGCAAUUCAUAUCCCAACACUCGAGGUGUCAUCAGUCAUUUUUCUGCGUAAAUGUUUCUUGUUUCUUUUUUCUUCUUUCACACCCUCUGACACAGACACAUCUCACAGCCAAGAUGAGAAAAACUAACACGCUGGGUAACAGAUCUGACAGCGGUCGGUUUGUCGAUCGGUCUGUCGCUCUCUUGUUGACUGAGAGAAACGAACUAUAAUCAGCUUUCUGAGACAUGUUGCCUUUUACACACUGUUUGUUUUGACACUUGAGAUAUCACCAUUUGAUCACCAUUCGGGGCUUUCUUUUGCACAUUCUAUCAAAGAGAAUAAUCAAACUAGUCACAAACUCUUCUCUGUAGUUUUCAAACGUCGUGUGCCCUCAUCAUAAAUUUAACAGAUCGACUUCUUUCCUUUGUGGACUCCAGGUGCCAUAUCUGCUGCCUCUACCCUGGGCCCACCUGGGAAGCCCCCCCAGCUGGAGGACUCAUACAGCCCUUACAAUCUAAUGUCCACGUCUGAGUCCCCCACUAGCCCUCUGGUGCCCCCUGACAGCUGGGGCCAGGGAAAGAGCCCCAGUGAGAAGAUGACCAAUGGGACCAACAUUAACUGGCCCCCAGGUAAGGAGAAAAAAUGACCUGGGAACAUAACAUUAAGAACAAGUUUACACUGAAAAGAGGAACUGUUAACUUUUCUGCAGCUGUUGCAUCAUUUGUAGGAUGAGGAAAUGUGCGGCACACAGGUUUAGGGCUGAGCAGUACGGCGUCAAAUCAAUAUCACGAUAUAUUGAGCAGUUCACCUCAAUAACGAUUAAUCACCCCCUCCCACAUUAACUUUGUCUACUUCAGCCGCCACAACUUUUAAACAGUCCUCCAUCUCCUCACCUGUCUUUCCCUCUUUGUUAGGGACUGGAUGGGGUGGAGUCACGUCUCUGAUGUAGGACAGCGUCUUAAAAGGACGUGAAACCAUAGCCUACCUAUACACAAUCCAAAACCAACUUAUUUUGGUUUAUUUUUUUGACACUGAAUAUACCGAUAUGGGCAAAAUGAUGUCGGUUAUUGUCAUAAAUUUCAGUAGCUGUAAAUUUUCAGUUUAUCGCCCAGCCCUAUGUGCUUCCAAUCUGAAUCAAUAAUGCACUCAAAUGAUUCCAGGUAGCCCCAUGUUUGAGCAGUGAGAUUCAAAAAUGCACUCUGCAUUUUGAGAAGGUUGCAGGGUUUCUUAAAAGAGUGUAACAUAGAGUCUGUUUAGUUUUAUCUCACAGCAGUAUGAGAGAAAUGUGUUAGAAACAAUAUCCACUAGCAGAACGCUACAAAAGGUUUCACAUCCAAAACCAACUUUAGUUUAUUUUUUUGACACCGAAUAUAUUGACACAAAUGAUGUCAGUUAUUGUCAUAAAUUUUGGUAUCAGUGAAUUUUUGGUUCAUCACCCAGCCCUACACAGGCUUUUCAGAGUCGUGAAAGGCUUCAUGUGCCUUUAGCUCUGAUCUUGUAUUUAGAUUUCUUCAUGAAGAACUUUUUGUGACCCCGCAGAGUUCUGCCCGGGCGUGCCAUGGAAGGGCCUCCAGAACAUUGACCCUGAGAAUGACCCCAACAUGACCCCUGGCAGCGUCCCCAGCGGUCCCACUAUCAACACCAACAUCCAUGACGUCAACCGCUAUCUGCUGCGUGACAGGAAUGGAGGUAGGAACAGAGACAAGGUCCUACUCAUUGAAACACCACCAGCACCUUAAAACCAGAAUCAAGCUCGAAGUUAGACUUACAAAAACCACAUGUGACUGUCUUGACGUCAACACACCCCCUCAUAUCAUGUGCUUGUACUGAUGCAUACAUGUUUUUUUUGUUGUUGUUUUUCCUGUCUCUGGUCAACACACCGUCACAUUAGCCACUUCCCCAGCUCCUCCACUUCCGAAUGUGUCUCUACCUCCAACCAGCAGGGACUGGCCAGUCAGGGGCUACAGUAGCUCUUUCAGUCUGUCAUCCUCUGAUGGAGACAGCUCAGGUACACAUUCAGAGAUCUCCCCCCUCCGUGUGCUGACCUCAACAUCUCCUCAUCCAAUUAAGAGCCCUGAUUAAACACUAUCCUUACUCUUUACUUUUCCUAAACCCUACCUGACCCCCUGACCUGUAUUCAUCACCCCUCCUCACAAAGCUGCACUGAAACCUGCCCUCAGUACCUUUUAGACAACACCUCUAAUUCUUGUAAAUGUGACUUUUAAUCUUCUGUGACUCCUGAAACCAAACCACAAAAAGAAGCGGGCCUCACCCUGGCUGCUCAUGACACCAGUACACACCCUGUCUUAGUUAGUGAACUCGGCUUUGUAGAGAUGUAGUUUGAGAUGUUUUUGUGCUUUUGCAAGUUUCAAAAGGAGCAAUAACAAGUCCAGGAUAGCGAAAUAUGACAGAGAAACUUAAAUGUUCAAACAGAAAGGAUUUUUUGUCGUAGUUUUCAUGAUUUCUACUAUUUUUAAUCUAUUUUAACAUUUGUUUGGAUUCUCAUUUAGGUCACUUUCAUGCCUGAAAGUUACCUAAAGGGGACUAGAAUGAAUUCCUCAUUUAAAGUCUGCUGUGGUUAGAUAAAAAAAACAAUACAAUGUCCUAGAAAUGUUUCCAUUUUCACCCCCCCAAUCCUCUGUCUUUGUAAAGGUAAACUCUCUGACAUGAAGUCCACCUGGUCCCCAGGGCCCAUCUCCCAGAGCCAAGCCUCUCUGUCGCACGAGCUGUGGAAAGUCCCCCAGGGGCCUCGCAGCACUACAGCCCCUUCACGUCCCCCACCAGGCCUCACCAACAACAAGCCUGCAUCAACCUGGGGGGGAAACUCACUGGGCCUGGGUCAAGGCUGGAGCGGCUCUUAUUCCUCUGGUGAGAGUUUGUCUUCGAAACCACAAUGAAGUCCUUUAUUUGGUACCAGGAGUUUCUAACCUGACCUGAAUCGAACUCUGUGAAAAACUCAGAUAAAGCACAUCUAGAAUUCACACAAGAAAUGUUGCUGCCUAAAAAAAGUUUUGAAAAAGUGUUAUUUAUAUCAUAACUGAUUGUUCAAAUCUGACAUUUCCCUUUGCCUCACACUGUCACACCAGUCGGACUGAAGAUGUGUAGGUGUGGCGAAGUUCACAGCUACCACUGCGUGCUAAACAGCACUCAGAAUGUGUAGAGCGAGUGAACACCCCACCUGCUAAACCGACAUCCUGAGGUUUACCGGCUCAGCAAGAAGCCCAAUUUAAACACUUUACGUGACCUCAUUUACUGUGUUUGAGCCUCUCAGAAACAGAGGACUACUUUUAGCCGUAUGAACAGAAAACAGGUUCAAGUCAGUGAAAAGCAUCACGUUUCUACUGUUGUUUUGUAGAAGAACUCUGGGAACUUCAGCUCAGAGCUUCCUUUUAGUGUGUUGAAAGAAAGCUGCGUUGUUAAAAGCUUCCCUUUGAGUGUUUCAUCAGAAGAGUUCUUAAUUUUACAACAUUUCUGUUCUCAUUUUUCAAAGUUGAGAGUUAAUACGACCGUAUUUCCAUUUCUGUUUCAGAGGGAACUACCUGGAGUACCGACUCCAACAGGACCAGCAGCUGGCUGGUUCUGAGGAAUCUGACCCCACAAGUAUGUACUCAAAACUGCUCAUUUCUGAUCGAUAGAUGUUUGUAGAUAUUAUGAAUACAAAAAUAGAUUGCUAAAUGUUUUUUGUUUUUUUUUCCUAUGUGCUCUAGAUUGAUGGCUCGACUCUGCGGACCCUGUGCAUGCAGCACGGCCCCCUAAUCACAUUCCACCUCAACCUGACCCAGGGGAACGCCGUGGUGCGCUACAGUUCCAAGGACGAGGCCGCGAAGGCCCAAAAGUCUCUGCACAUGUAAGUCUGAAACAUCAGCAAUAAAACAGUCUCCUGUGUUAGAAUAAAGCUGAAUGAAUGUGGGUAAAGUUUUCUCACUAAUUGGUGUUUUCCCACGCUGAAAUCAGUUCAACUUUUCGUCUGAGCGUAGGAGACGUUAUUUUUGAAUUUGGGAAGUCACAUGGCAGAGGAGGUGGGGGGGUCACGCUGAAGUCAUCCGCGUUGAAAUCUCUGAGUUGUUGUCACAAUCAGAGAAAAACAAACAGCAUCCUGGGGCCUCAUCGGAUGUGUUUAUCUCUAAGUCAUUUAGAUUUGUCCUUAUUCUUGCUUCACUAAUGGUGGCAGCCCCUGCAGCUGGUUGUCAUGGAAACUAAAGGCAUGAUGUGUGACCCACUUUUCAUUUCCACAGACUGUGGUAACGGGAAAGCAGAAAAUAGGGGAAUUAGUAUGGCUGAGCGUUUAAAGAUCUCUUGUGUUUUCGAUCGUCUUUAAAAAAUCCUCAAGUUUCAGUUCCUCGUUUCUGCUUCAUUAGUUUUUUGUCCAAACGUCUGAUUUUGUCUUUUGUCCCUCUGAAAGGUGUGUGCUUGGAAAUACCACCAUCUUGGCAGAGUUUGCUGGCGAGGAGGAGGUGAACCGCUUCUUUGCACAAGGCCAGUCACUAGGGGCGAACACCACUAGCUGGCAGGCCAACCAGGGAACCAAUCAGAACCGGAUGGGUGGGACGGCACAGACCCACUCUAUUGGCCAGUGGAGCAGCAAUGUUGGCGGAGGCAAAGCCAGCGGCGGCGACCUGCUGUGGGGCGGCGUACCCCAGUACUCCAGCUUGUGGGGGCCACCCAACGGAGAAGACGCCCGCGUGAUCGGGAGCCCCACCCCCAUUAACACCCUGCUGCCUGGAGACCUGCUGAGUGGGGAGUCGAUGUAGGGCGAUGCCACGAUACACUAACCAUUCAGACCACCACCACCACUAUGUCAUGUAAGCCAUUGGUGGAGGUUGGCGGUUGGAGAAAAUACGAAAAAAAAAAAAAAAUUCAAUAUGAACAGGAGCAAAACCCAAGCAAAUCAUGUGGCGAUAAUCAGUAUCAAUUAAACUUGUUUUGAACUGUGAAUCGAGAAUCAGAAGGACAGGGUCCAAACCACACAGACUGUAGACCUCCACUCCUUCUGUCCUUUGUCUCGUUUUUGUUUAGUUUACUUUUUAGGGGAAAAAAAAAAAAAGCUUCUUCUUUUUUUUUCUUUGGUAUUCUUAAAAUGCAUCAUAUAGAACUGAAACUGAAAUGAGACACCACGCAAAGAAACCUUUUAAGUGUUUUUUAGUUUUUAGUUUUUUUCCGUAAGUACACAUGACAUUCUGUGUGAAGUGUUUUCAAGAGAAGCAAUCAAAGCUGCCAUCUGAGACUUUCCUUUUCCCUCCAAAAAAAAAGAAGAAAGAAAAUCAUCCCAAAAUAAGACUUAAAACUACCAUUCCCAGCAUGUCCAUGGCCAAUGACGUGGUUCAAAGACCUUUACUAGUUAUUUUAAUGUUUGUUUCUUAGCACUAAUAUUAGCCUUAAGUGCUCUCUGGCCCAGGUCCUUCCCAAGCCGCCUUUUUAGGUUUGUUUUGUAACUGAAGAAAUAGCUGAAAUCUUGCACAGUUUCACCUCUGAGCCAGUGAGUGGUACAGGGCAUGACUGGUGACCCGCUCUGUCACUGGGCAGUAAGAAGGCCUGGCCACCUGACUUGGCCCACCAAUCAUCAGCUUGAUUACUUUAUCUCGUUUUUUUUUUCUCAAAGGGAUCGACACAGCUCUCAAAUGUCCUUAUUUUGUAGGUCUAGAACCAAGCGCUUUUUAAAAAAAAAAAUAUCUAUCGCAACAUAUAAGCUGAGAGAAGAUUAUUUGAUAACCUCGUGGCGUGUCUCCGCACGUCAGUGUAUGUUCAGUGGCACCUAAUCAUUGACGUCUGCAAGCCUGCAUCAUAAUGGUCACCUUCAAUUGGAACCCAGUCGAUAACUGGUGCUUUGUUGAAUUUUUUUAUUGUCGUUUAUUUUUUUGUCGUGAAGCCCAGCAGUCUGCACGGGCAGCCAGUUUUCAGAGGAAAAUAAAAACCGAUCGCAAUUUCAUCAUCAUGUGACAGUAACAUUGUGCAAUAUACACCAUAGACUUUUCUCCCGUCCAUACUCCGUGCCCUGGCGCUGGUUUCUCUUUUGUUUGUUUUUUGUUGAUUGUUGCUGGAUGCAGCAAAAGACCUUGGAACUUCAAAAAGAAAAAAAAAAAACACCCUACCCCCUUUUUUUCAAAACUUGGAUUCCCCCCCCCCAGUUCUGCCAGUCCCCUUCCCCUCUUCCCCCCCUGAAGCUGUUGUGGAAAACUCUGCAAAGAGGAAGCAGCAGCUGUUGAACUGUGCAUGCAACAAACUGGACUGAAGAGUGACACUGAGUUGAGUACACAAUAAUGCACACUUCCUCUCUGCACGCCACAGCAGCCACACCCAACAGAGACUGAAUCCACAGCGGGGUCGGACGGCUCUGGGCAUCUGGCACAAUACCAAAUAAGAGGGGUUUUCUCCUAAUGCAGUAGACCUACGAGUGUUCCUUGCGUUUGGUACUGUACAAACAGAAGAGACUAAGACUUUUAUAAAUUCUAAGGGUUUUAUCAUAGCACUUAUGAAGAGCAAACUGCUUCAACUGCAAUCCAAUAAAUCAAGACGAGAGCAGCAGAAACCUUGAAAACAAACAAACAAACAAAAAAAAAGUACUGCUCUCUUAUGUACUAUAUCUUUUCCUUGUAAAUGUGUCUGACGUCGUUCCUCUGGUAGCAGGAUGAAGGGAAAGGAAAACUGAAACGUACCGCUGGACUUUGGGGAAAAACAAAAAAAACUGCAGUCUCUGAUUCUUCUUUUUGAACAAUAUCAAAGUGAAUAUCACUGUUACUCCAAAUGUUUCGCCUUGUUCUGCUCAGAGGCACCAGACAUGCAACGUCAGCUGUCUCUGACAUCACUGGCCAGCCAGUGGGAGUGGGGCGAGGGAGAGGGAGCGUCCACUGAGUGCCUCUCUGCUGUGGUCCUCUGUGCGUCGAGUGGUAGCCCCCCCCACCUACAACGCAGCACUUCCUUCGGGGCUCCACUUGACCCCCUCCUUCGGUCUCACAAGGGGAAAAAAAAAAAAAAAAAAGCGGCACCACAAAGACUGGCCAAUCACGGCUCUCCGCCACAUGAAGCAUCUCCAAUGGAGAGGGGGGCCGCCACCGCUCGACUUUGCCGUCGAUCCCGACCUCCUCCCCAUCUCUCAGUUCUUUGACACAAAGAUCACUUUAGCUGGAAGAUGUUAUAGUCAUAUUUCUGGAAUUUUUGCCAGUGUACUUUUUAUUUUUUGACUUCUUUUAUUUUUUUUUUUGAAAUGUGUUAUUUUGUUAUUUUUGUCGACAUGCAGUGGUCUAUGAAAUACUGGCUGCUGAACUAGCCCUUCACUGUUCAUAUGCAGAAACACUUUAGGUCGAGGUGCCUCUGUAUGUUUAUCCUGUGUAUUGAAUGCAAAACGAGGAUCAAUACUACAGAGAGUUAUUGAUUGUCUAUUUGUUCUGAACUGAUCAUGCUUUUGUGUUUGACAGUGUUCUGUAGUACUUCCAGGUUGUAUCUUGAGAUGUGUAAAAAUAGGGUGUCUCAGACGGGGGGUGUGGGUGUUUGCUGUCCAAGCUGCUCCGCCUGCCCGCAGGCUGUCCCCCCCCUUAUCCUUUUGCCUAGCUGCUACGCUAUGUCAUCCCCUCCUCUUCCUCCUCCUCAUCCUCCUUCUCUCCACCUCAAAACCAGACCCAGUAGCCCUUCCCCUAACCAGGCACCAACAGGCCCUCCUAUCUGUUUCUAUGCAAAAGACUAGAGGCUGGGGCCCUUUACAGCACGCCAAGCCUGACCUGGAAACAAGCACUUCCUCCCAGAGCUUGGCGAACCCCUAAACAUUUGUCCCCCCCGUGCUUUUCUGUCAGCACUUCAGAACGGCCGCCACGUUUGUCUCACUGGGCUAAGCCGCCAGAACACUGUCAUAUACUCAAGUUGAACACUUUAUCAUAGAUCGGCCUUUUUUCUCUGUGCUGAAGACACUUCUGUCCAGCUCGAUCUCAGGGUAGGAGAGUUGGUGAUACCAAGUAGGAGAUGCAGCUCUCUGUAUCUGUCCUUUUACUGUGAGAGCAAAGUCUUAAAUUCUAAGGCGACAAUAUGUUCAGACCUCACGCCUCCAACUGAAUCCUACUUGGACAGGAGGUGGCUUUAAUCGAUUACUUUCUGAGAGGCGGCCUGUCCUAAUUGGAGACUUCUUAAUGUGUAAAAAAGAUGCCAAGGUAUUGUGCCAAUGUAAAUUAAUGGAGUCAUACUGUAUCUGUAUAGAGAGCACUUCUUUUACCUGAUCGGAGGAGGUUUGAUAAACUUUGCAGAGGGUGCAGCAGGGGGACAGGAGGGAUCAAACACAUGGGCAGCAGCAGCGUCACACCCUUAAACCUCUGAGAUUUUUUUAUGCUUUUGUGGGGAAUACCCCACGCUAAGGAGAAAAUCUUUACUCAGUUGGGGGUUCCAGUUUGCUACAGUGCACAGUUAAUGAUGGGUAAUCCCGGGUACAUAUUUUUUUAAAACCAAAAAUGAAAUUGCAUUUUAACGUCAUUUUUAUGAAGUUUGACAUAAAAUUCUUAAAAAUGCUUAAAAAAUCUAAAUGAAAAAAAAAAAAGUCUAUAAUAUGUUAAAGCUCUGCACUUCUAGCUGAAACGUCUCUGGUCAUCAGUUCCUACUACCACCAUCUAAAGGAGUAGACUGGUGGCCGGGGUGCCUUUUUGUGGAUGCUGUAUUUAUCUUUAUGUUGUUUGUGCCCUGCUCAAAGCGGGCCCACUGAACUGUACAUUUCCACAGACCCAGAUGGCUUGGGCCCACUGUAUCAGCCUCACUAUCCUCACCCUGCAUCAGCGGGGAAGGGAGGGACACAUUUCAAAGAGGUACAAAGUCUUAAAACAUUUUACAAAAAGAUUUUAAAAAUUCUUAAAAAAAGAAGAAGAAGAACAAGAAAACGGGAAAAGGCUACCUUUCAGGACUUCACAGUCCUGCAGCACACAAGCAAAAAUCACUAUUGCCUGUUUCUGUAACUGCCUUGAUCCAAGCUCAGACAGACCCAAUAGCCGAGGACCUCCCAGCAUCCUGUACUAACUGGAGAACCCUGACAGUGAAGGGGGUUUCCCAUGCUGCACCAGCAUCGAGAGGCUCUCCUCUCUACAGCUCUGUUCUAGAUAGCAGUAUAUAUGUAUACACUACAUAUGUAUAUACUGUGAGUAUGGUGUGUGGUAUCACCUCUUCAGACUUCUUGGAUCGUAACCUCUGACACUUUUCAUUUUGGUUUGAAAGGUCUUAGUUUCAUACAACUGAAUAAUGAGCAAUAUGUAUUUCCCCUGCAAAUAAGUGGUAGGAAGGAAAGAAUUGGGGUCGGGUAUAAACUGAUACUUGAUUGACUGAAAGCUGCGUCUUUCUUACACGGAGAUGGAUACGCACGUUCUGGUUUUGACGACAUAUUACAGUACUUUGAAGUGCUUGUACUGUACAUAUGUGUAUUUGUUUGUUGAUUAGCCUGUCUAAAAGCCCAUACCAAGCAGUCGAUAAAAAAGAAUCACAAACAUAUCAAAACAAAACAAAAUAUUGAACACAAAUACUUGAAUCAUGGAGCGCCAAUAACGUAAUGUGAAGUCAAAUUCUUUAUUUUUUUUCUUUAUUUUUUGUUCUAUCCAUCUGACAGGUACACUUAGGGGCUUUUAGAGAAUAUUAAAAAUGUAUUGAAUUAAGUUACAAAUACAAAAUGUUUGAAAAAAAAUGCAAAAGUCAUCUUAGAUGUGUGCUUGAAAGUCAGAUGUUUGUAUGAAUGUGUGCGCAAGAAACUGUUUGUGUAUCAGGCACACGGCCUGCUGUUCUGUUCCACUCAGUAUGUUCUUUUUUUUUUUUGUCUGUUUUUAUCUUCUAUGAUUUUUGUUGUUCUGUCAAAAAGUAUUCUGAUAGACAUUGUUAUUAUCUUCUAACGUUGCACUGAGUGUCUUCUACCCCUCGCUCAGCUAAUCGUAGAGAAACGAGUCUAAGUACGGAGGGGAGAUGGUGACAAUUCAUGUGUACAUGUUUACUCAAGGACUUAAUGGAUUUUUUUCAUUCUAUCUGUAAAAAGUUUAUCUACCUUAUAGUGGCUUUUAUUGUGGAAUAAUCCAUUACAAGGAUUAUCAUUGAGUAUUGCACCAUUUUGUUCCAAUGAUUAAAAAAAAUAUGGAAAAAAAAAUUUAAAAAGAGAAAAAAAAAAGAAAAAAAUUCAAUAAAAAAUAAAAAUGUUUAAAAAAAAAAAAACAUACAAAGAACUGUGGCCAUAGCUAGCUGUAGGAGGACUAGUAAUCCCUAUGUUAACUUCAUGGACAAAUGGAAAGGGAUAAAGUGUGGGAUGUGAGUUUGUUACAAGACUCAUUUCAGAGGUGCCUAUCUUUUUUCUGUUUUUGUUUUUUUGUUUUGUUUUUGCAAAAGCCACCCGUCGUUUACAAGCAUUUCCUUUGUCUGAAGUUCGAGAAACUAGGAUAGAAAUUUCAAACAGGAAUGUUGUGAGAAAACAAGAAAAAAAGGACAAAUUUCAUCCUCCAUCUGAUAAUGGAUGUGAAAAUCCUGCAAAAUGAAGAUUUAUGCUACUUUAAGAACUCUGGGAUUGAUCAGUGUUGUCAUAUUUCAAAAUUUAAUUUCUCUUUCAAGUGUGGAUAGACUAUCUCUGUAUGUUUUUAGUCGUGAUUAUAUGUUUUUCUGUAAGCAAAGCAGUUUGCUCACUAUCUUGCACACUCAUAAAAAGAUGUGGAUUUUGUCUCAGGAAGGCCAGGGUUCCAGAUACCAACUUCAUCAUUUCUAGACUUAAUGUUUUUGUGAAUAAGUAAAAAAAAAAAAAAGCUGAAAAUAAUGAAACUCCCAGCAAGCACUGAAGGUUCUGAUUUCAACAGAAUAUAGAGUACCAUUGUUUCUUUUAAACAACUACAACAAAUGUUCGUAGCAAGUUAUAUAUUUACCAAAUAAGACUGAGAAUCAACUUUUAAAAAAGUGGAGUGCUUUACAUGUGAAAUCUAAGUAGAAAUUGCUUUACAUUUAAACAAUGAUCAAUGGUUUUGAUUGUCGAGAAGACAGUGACAGAAAAUGCAUUUGUAUGUUUGACUUUUGUGUCUUUUAAGUUUCCAUCCUGAAGUCCAGGAGCAUUGUGCAACAAGUCUGUUUUUAAUCAUCUCUCCUGUCUGUGAACGCAUCUGUUCCCGGGACAGGUUUUUUUCAAAGGUUGAGAGAUUUCUUAACAUGUUACAGAUGGUUUUCAGAGGAGGCAUAUUGAAGUGGAGUAAAGCCGGUUUUUAAAAGGAUCAUGAUCUAUGCACAAGUGGGAGGGAAGAGUCCAAACCCAGCUGUUGUACUGCAGGUGUUUGCUGACUCACACUCUGGGGUUCAGGGUUCGAUGUAGGGUUGUUCUUUUUGUCCCUUGCUCCACUUUCCUCCGCUCUUUUACCUCCCCCCACCCACCCAUCCGACCCUCCCUGUUCUCAUCACUUUCUAAUGUUUUAGCAAAACUUUGCAUCGCGUCGCCAUGCUGUGUAAUCUUUAACCAAUGAGCGCUUAUCCUUCUGCUAAAGCACUGUGGGUUGUACUGAAAAAAAAAGCCCUCGAGUUUUACGGCUGUCUGUUUUUUGAAAGGGAGGAGGGAGGGAGGGUGGGGGGGAUGGGGGUACUUUGCCUUUGCCUUUCUCUUUACUUUAAAAAAAAAACAUUAAGGAAAAAUGUCUGUAACUGAAAUACAAAGUUGUGGCUUUUAAUGUUGUUCUUUUUUUCUCCUCAUAGAAUGUGAUUGUUAAGGACAUGCACCGGAAAAAAAUGUUUCCAUUGAUUAUGGAGCUUCUUUUCGGACUAUAUUAAUAAAUUACAAAUUUUCUUGGCUGUUAC